AUGCGUAAAGCCACCCUUGGGACUCUAAAAGGGCACGAGAAGGCGCUCUCUUGCCUUCGGCUUGGCCCGUGUGCGGAUCUCGCUUUCCCCGAGCGGUGCGCUCCUUUGCAUUCGAUCAAAGGAGCCCCGCCGCCGCCACCACUUCUUCCUUCCUUGCAAUGGCUUUGCGGGGCGAUCAAGAACCGGCUUGAAGCGGCCGGUGCCAGGAUGCACGGAGUCCCUUCCCGCGCGGCCCCGCUGCUGCUGCUUCUCUGGGGCGCCCUUCCUCCUCCCGGCCAAACGGGGGUGAUCUCGAGUCUCCCCUCUUUCUGGCGCGGCCAGCACGUGUUGGGGAGGGGCCGGGCCGGCCUCCCAUUCAUUCUCCCCACCCUCCAGCAGGAGGUGCCGGCACCAUAAAAAGGGCCCGCGAAGAGGGCGCCGUCGUUCAGGGUGCCAAAGGCGGCGGAGGGAGCCGGUGUGUCGCGCGCCUUGCUCGUGCCGGGGCUGACAAGCCAGCCAGCGAGGAGCUUCGGGUGGCGCAAACGGGCUCGGGGGAGCGGCCAUCUCGGCUCUCCGCGGGCGGCAGUGCCCACAACAGCAGCAGCAGCCUCAGCAGCAGCAGCCAAGCCGGCCUCGCCAUGUCCGGCGCCGGCGGCGUGGUGAAGAAGCGCGGCUCGGCCGCCUCGUCGGGGCCGCCGCCGGAGGAGGAGGAGAAGAAGCAGAUGCUGUCCGGGGCGGCGGGCGGCGGCGGCGACGCGGGGCCGGAGGCUCACGAGAACGGCUGCGCGCCGCUGCCGUCUCCGGGCGCCGAGGGCGAGGACCCGUCUUCGCCCGGCGUGGCCCUGAAGCGCAACAUCACGCUGCUGAACGGCGUGGCCAUCAUCGUGGGCACCAUCAUCGGCUCGGGCAUCUUCGUGACGCCCACGGGGGUGGUGAAGGAGGCCGGCUCGCCGGGGCUGUCGCUGGUGGUGUGGGCGGCCUGCGGCGUCUUCUCCAUCGUGGGCGCCCUCUGCUACGCCGAGCUGGGCACCACCAUCUCCAAGUCGGGCGGCGACUACGCCUACAUGCUGGAGGUCUACGGCUCGCUGCCGGCCUUCCUCAAGCUCUGGAUCGAGCUGCUCAUCAUCCGGCCCUCCUCGCAGUACAUCGUCGCCUUCGUCUUCGCCACCUACCUCCUCAAGCCCAUCUUCCCCGCCUGCCCCGUCCCCAUCGGCGCCGCCAAGCUCGUCGCCUGCCUCUGCGUCCGUGAGUAUCCGGGCCCGGCGCGCGCCGUCCUCCGAGGCACUCUGUACGCGCUCAGGGGCACGCCGGGCGAAGCGCGGAGGGAGCCUCGCUUUCGGAAAGCGGGGCGGGAGCUAGAGAAGGGGCUGCGUUGAGCACGUGGCCGGUGCCAUUUCUGACACCGCCCAGGUGCCUAACUCAGGGUGCGGGGGGGGGGAGAAGGGGCUUCUCGGGGCGCAGUUGCUGCCGGUCCAGGGGGGUCCCUCGCGGUUGGGGCGCUGAGGAGGACUGGCCUCCUAAGACGAGGUUAUUAAAAAAAAAUGGCCUCCUGGGACUAAGGGAGACGAGUGGGUCUCUUCGGUUGGGUGCUGUGGUGGCGAAGCGAGAGAGCUGCUAAAUCUUAAGGCAUUCGUUUAAUUUGUUAAACAGAGAACAUGGUGCGAAACGCCAAAGUUUUAUAAGCAAAGUGGCUUACCCUGAUGUCCUACUUGGAGUAGACCCACUGAGGUUAAUGGAUAUGCCUAAUUUUGGUUCAUUAAUUUAACCUGAAUAGAACUCGGAUAGAUGCAACCCUGUAUACUAAAUAACAAUAAUUCCUUAAAGGAGACCAGUAAUCGGAAGACGUCGGUAGCAAUGGAGGGUGCUUGGAAAUCGGGAGUGUGUGUGUGUGUGUGUGUGUGUGUGUGUCGGAGCCUCAGCACAUGUUGCCGCUUUCAGGUGAGGUUUGACUUGUAGAGCCGGCCCUGUGACUCAGGGAGAGCUGGAAUAACAAAGGGGGGGGCGCGGGGCGGAGACUCAGUAGAAUGAAUUAGGCACUGUGUGAAAGCUGCAUUUUGUGCAGUUCAGGGUUUUAUGGAAAACAAGAUGAAGUGGUCUGCUUUUUAGAGGGGGUAUGGAGGGGCAUUUUUCUUUUGGAGGAGGGGGCAGGAGAUCCUGCUGUGGCCUGCCAGGUGUUGUUGGACUCCCAAGUCCCAUUUGCCAUAGCAGCAGCCAGCAUGUCCAGUGGUCAGAGAUGAUAGGGACUGGCAUGCAGAGACAGCAUGGGGGGGGGGACAGCAAGAUCCCCACUCUCUGCUUUAGAGGACUGUUCUCAGGGAAAUAAUGUUUCCUUGACUCUUAGUGCUCCCUCCCCUCUGGUUCCUGUCAAAAACACUGGAAAAUAUACCGUACCUUUUUUUACCUGGCAGGUAGUGUUUCUGAAGAGCCACAAUUAUUGAAAGCUGGUUCCACUUUCAUCUUGUAUGUAUGUGGUCCCAGUUCCACUUGGCACCAGAGAAGAGAUCUCCUUGCCAUGAAAAAAAAUCAAUAUUUUAACAAUUGUGUUGUGUGUGUGUGUGUGUGUGUGUGUGUGUAUUUCUGAUCCAGAAAUUUAGCUCUUAUCUUAUCAGUCUUUGGGUAACUUGUGUGUUUAUGAAGUUUUCUGUUUACUCUUUUUGCUAUUUCUCCACUUGCCCAGUAUCUGGUUCUGAUAAGAAUCACCAUGCUGAAUUAGGACCAAGGGUCUGUCUAGUCGGGCAUCCUGUUAUCACAGUGGCUCGUGGUGGCUAGGAGCUGCCAAUACCCUUGUCCUUCAUGGACAAGGUGUAGGUGCCUCCUCCACAAGCAAGUAGGUAAUGCUAUUUAUCUAAAGGGUCAUUUAAACACUGUACAUUCAAAGCACAUUUUCCCUCUAGAGAAUCCUGGGAGCUGUAGUAGCAGCUUUGUGAGAGACUAUGGUGUAAAUGUGCUUCAGAUGCAUUUUGUUGCAACUGUUUUGAGUUAAAACUCUUACCUGACGUGAUUUGGGGAUUAGGGUAGCUGUUUUCUGAAUGGAUCCUUUACCUGAAGUAUGAAGAACCUGUGGCCCUCCCAGUUAUUAGGAGACUCCAACUCCCAUCAUCCCUGACUGUCUGUGUGUGGUUGGGGCUGAUGGGAGUUGGUGUCAAACAAUAUCUAGGAUCCAGGUUCCCCAUGCCUACUGUAUUUCCAUUUCCUAGCAAAUGUGUCUUUUCCCUAUUGGUGAAGAACUGCUCUUAGUUCUGCUGCUGUUUUGUUAAUUUAUUGUUUUUAGAAGUAUUGCAUAAUAAGCUUAUUAAGCAGCUAAAUUUUUAAAACUGGUGGAUCAGAAGCAGAGUUCAUGCUUUGCAUCCAAAGUGUUCAAUCCCUGACACUUCAAGGGAGAGCCAAUGCCAGUCAAUAUAUAAAGACAGUCCUGAGCUAGACGGGCCAAUUGUGUGACUUGAUAUAAGGCCCCUUAUGUUGCUAUGCGCAUAUAUUGAAAGAUUGUGCAGGCACACAUGCCUAGCAGACAUGAUACAAAAGGAAAAAUUAAUGGGUAGGGCAGAGGAAAGCAAGCACUGGACCAGCUGCUCCUUCACUGGGCAAGGGAUGGGGCCCAAUUGGUCUCCCUCUUGCCCUGAUGUUCUUCCUGGGAAGCAGAAAGUGCAGCCUCCCAGUGGCUCUCUAGAUUACCUGGCUGAUGGCAGAGCCCAGAGUGUGCCUCACUGUGUUUACUCUUGUUUCUCCCUUUCUGUCCAUGGAGGAUUUUCAGUAGGAUCCAAGGGAUGCAGGCUGUUACUGUUUACACUCCUCCCGGCUUAACCUUGUGCAUAGAUAGCUCAGGGCAAAUUGUGUUCUGUGCAGGAGUCAGCAGUGCUUUAAAGUCUCCCCUUGCAUGUACAUUGCCACUCCCUCUUUAAUUCCCUUGGCUCCCGCCAUCUGUCAUUUUGCAACCUCUCCUCCUCUCCCCAGUUCAUUUGGCCUCGCAUACUUCAUGGCCUGUGUCUGGCUGUGAAGGCUAUACCUGUCACUUAUUUUAAUUCCAAAGCAUUUAUAAAAUAUCUAAGCACCGUACAAAGCAAUAACCGUAUCACUGAAAAGAAAAAUACUACAUAGAACCAGUAAAACAGUAGUAUAAAAGCAUAUAAAGAUGAGUCAAAUUAAAGCAGAGUCUUUAAUUAUGGCCUAGGGAAAGUCUGGGCAACAAGAUCUGUCUUUACAAGACGUCGACUGACGGUUACGGCUUCACAUUCCAAAGUACAGGGGCAGCAGUGAAAAAUACGACAGUUUUGGGGUCACAGCCCUGUGAUAUUCUGUAAGGUGUGAUGUCGCAAGUAGAAUUUCAUCAGAUGACGAUGGGCCCUGUAUGGCACCCGCUUUGCCUUGGCUGGCACUAAAUAAGCAUUAAACAUUCAUGGGGCUUCUAGUUUCAAAUUGCACUUGCUCCACUGGGGUAGAGUCUCUCUCUCUCCCCCCCCUCGCCCCGGGGCACUUGGUCUGGAGCAACCAAGGGGAAGAGUGCUUUGGAAUUUGAAAAUUGGUUUCGCCAAGAGCAAACCUCCCCUUUGCUUGAUGCUCGUUUUGAUUGUGGCACUCUUCCCGAUAGGUGGGGUAGCUUGGCCUUGCUUGGUGCAGCCCAGCCAAAAUUCUUAACUAUAAAUAUAUCUUCUUACUUUUCACACCCCUAAGGCAAGGCAGAUUCCACCUGCCUCAUCAUACUUACCUUGCAUUCCCUUCCUUGUUUACAGGAAUGUUUUCAAAAUAAAAUGCAAGAGCAUCAUCAGCUUUCCAUCUUUGCUUAAUGAUGUUGUCUACAACCAUGGAGUGUGUGCGUAUGGGAGAGAGGUACAUUGGAAGCUGCCUUAUUCCAGUCCAGGCUAUUUGUCCAUCUAGCCCAAUAUUGAUUGAUCUGACAAGUAAGCUCUCCAGGGUUGUGCCUUACUUGUCACCUGAUGAUAUCUGAUUCAUUUAAUUGGAGAUGCCAGGGAUUGGCCCAAGGCCUUCUGCAUGCACAGCAGGUGCUCUGCCAUCUAGGUCUGGUCCCUGUCUUCUCAAUGUUCCUGGCUCCCCUUGUCACCUUGAGGCCCAGUGGUAACUUGGGGGAGAAAAGAAAAUGGUAACUUGGGGGCACUUUCACAGGAGGUCAGUAGUGCAUGCAGAUGAGCCUCUUCUCAGGUUGAGCACAGCUGAAAAUACCUGGAUUGUCUGGAAGCAGCAAACUCGGCAUCAGGUUGUGCAGUAUUUGGGUGCAAGGUUUUUUGUUUGACACCUGCCUGGAUUAUCUCGCAUAGCAACAACAAAUAGGUUCACAAUUUAGAAUCUAGUUGCUAUCCUGACUUAACCUCUUCCUGGUACAGAAGCUUUUAAUGCGUGUCAAGUAAAAAUUGUUUUCUUACUUCGCAGGGUCUGAAUUUAGGGUACUUGGAGUGAGAUGCUGCCUGGCUUUUUUCUUCCGAAGCUUUUGGUUAAAUCCUUCUAUAUGUUGCCUUUUGCUUUGGGAGAUUACUAGAUCCCUGCUAAUUGGUGCCUUUUGAUGUGCUCCUCCUUCCCUCCCUGUUCCCCAUCCAUAUACAUGCUUGAAUUAACUGUGGAAUCUCUGAUGUGGCUCAGAGGGAUUAUUUCAACCCUACCAUUACCUGUUCCUAGACUGAAAAUUUGAAAGGCAGAGAUUCCAGCCACACUCUCUGGCCUGCCAAGAGCUUUAGAAGGAGGGGAGGUGCUGGCCUGGAGCCAGUGCUAACACCUUGAUCUGAUAGUGUUACUUGGGAGGGUAACUCUCCCCCAUGUAAGUGUGCUUUGGAUCACCACCUUCUGCCAUGAUCAUCCAAACAGGCAAACAAUGACCUUUUCCAUUGCAGGAGAAAUUGCAACUGCAGCGACUGGUGUUCAGGGACUACUGACUCUGACAAGUGGCAGCCAAACAUGCCCGUUUGCAUUUAUUUAUUUAUUGCAUUCAUAUACCAUCUUUUAAUCCUCCUCAUUUAAUCCUCACAACAAUCCUGCAAAAUAGGUUAGGCUGAGAGGCAGUGACUGGUCCUAAGACACCCAGCGAGCCGCCUUUCCGUUGUUCAAAAUAUUCUUAAGGCAGCUUACAGCAUGGCAAAAAUGCAUAACCACAGCCUAACAAAAGAAGUCAUAAAAGGUAAAUAAAACAUUAAAAAUACACAACCAAACCAUCUCCACAUAAAUCACAAGAUCUAAAACAAAGAUGUAAAAAACCAACAGCAACAACCUCUAGCCCAAGAGUCUGUUCAGCAGGCUCAGCUUUUGUAGCUGGAGUCAGUCCUGGCCCCACCCUCCCAGGCCAUGUGGGAAAAGGCCUACAGGAGAGGGAGCAGGUCUUCCAGGACUCACAGUCAAGAUGGUCUCUGGCCUCUUCAGCAGCCCCAGCUUUUGUAGCUGGGGUCAAGCAAUUUCCCUAUCUCUCGCCCCAGCUUUUGUAGCUGGGGUCAAGCAAUUUCCCUAUCUCUCGCCCCAGCUUUUGUAGCUGGGGUCAAGCAAUUUCCCUAUCUCUCGCCAGGCAUUUCUAAACUCUGUUCCUGCACAGAGCUUUGUGGGAGUGAUCAGCUUAUGCCUCAUUCCCAAGUCUGCCUCCAUUGGGGAUUUUGCAUGUGCUGCCUGCCAUGUUGGAAGCAGGGGCCAGCCUCGCACUGGACCAUGUGACAUGAUGGCGGAGGCUCUCUCUUGACUUCUGCCAUUUUAGCGCCAGGUACUUUGGCGGCAGGCACGGCUGAGCUCAGCAAGCCUUAAAGCGAAAAUGGAGACGGGGUGGGGUGGAGUGGGGGGAGAGGCGCAUGUAGGGGAGGAGGGGUGUCACGUGCUGUUGCCAGGCAACCCCUCGUGGUCCCACGUUGCUGCUGGAUUCUAACGGGAAUCAAUGGGAGACAAUUGUGUGGUUGCCCAGCAACUAGGCACGUGACUUCUCCGGUUUCCCCCCCUCCUCUCUUUCCAGUUCAAGGCUUACUUCACCUCCCCCCCCCCCCGCCUGGCCACUUGGUGGCUUGGCUGAACAAUAAUAAAGAUGGCAGACAGCUGCCUGGGUGGGAGAAUUGGCUCGCCGCUGGCUACACAGGAAUGAGAGUGUUUUAUGUUUUUAGGGAGGCUAGCUGGUGGCUUUUACUUGGGCAGGAUUGUGCCCAGGGGCUGCCAGUUGCUGACCCAGCUCUGACAUGUCAUCGGGAGGGAGAGGAGAAUUUUGCAAAACUGGGCUUCAGAAAUAUUUUGUUCUGUGCUCCGGAUGGUUUCGUGUGAACGCACCUUCGAAAUCUGCUUCCUUGCCUACAAGAAAGCCAGCUUUUUGCCCAGGGUGGGAGCAGAUCUAGGGCAAAGGGUUCAAAGCACUUGAUCAAAGCAGUUUUGAUCCAGAGGGUUUGGCUCACUUGAGAAAUGUUUGCUCCAGCUGCUUAGAAUUGGCUGCUCUAUAAUUGCAGUAUAUCUUUUCCUCGCUCCAAUUGGAUGAGCAGACGGUGAUAAAUGGCAAACGCUAAAGAUUGCACUGUUUAUACUUUUGAAAUCCAGGAUGUUCUUCCAGAGCUCUCGGCGCUGCUGGUAAAUACAUCCGUCACAAGUCCGCUUGCUUGGAUCUUCCCUUUGCAAGGAGCAAAACAGAAAUGACUUCAGGGUUCUAAAUCAAAGUUAAGAGGAGCUUCUUGACACAGUGCCAUAGUUAAGUCAUGCAACUCGCUCCCCCGAGAUGUAGCUGUGGCCACCAACUUGGAUGGCUUUAAAAAGGGGGUCUAGACCAGUGGCUAGGAACUGCUCCCUGGGGGGCAGUGGGAUUACCUGGGGGGAGUCCUAAGGCAGGGGACACUGGAAGUGCAAAUGACUAUCAGACGCCGAAAAGCUUGUACCAGUGCAUCAUGUUCAUCAAUUUCAUUGAAUUAAUUAAACUAAAUAGUUUUAAUUGCAUUUGGGGGGGGAACCAGACAAUUAAGUGUUAUUAUUUUGAGUUUAAUUGCCUUUAUCAUAUCUGUGCAGAAGUGAGAAUGGACUGAAGUAACUUGUAACUUGAACACCAGAGCACAUCUGACCAGUCCAGUGUAGUGGAUGGAGUUUGGAUUUGAGUUAUUUAUUUAUUAAAGUUCUUCAGUGCUCUCAAAACUGUUGAUUCUGCAGGGGAGAGUUGAGUUCAAAUCUCCAUUCACCCAUGAAGCUCUCUGGAUGGCCUUGAGUAUGUCUCCCUCAGCUCCUAGCCUACUUUGCAGGGUUGCUGUGAGGAUAAAAUGAGCUCUUUGGAGGAAAGGUGGGAUGAGACCAUUUAGUUUUAUUGCAAAAGAACUUAUGUGCUUCUGUGUUCGUUGGUUUCUUGAAAGCCCUGGGCUCCCCAAUAAAUGUAGUGUAAGCUGAGCUCUUUCUGUUUUUCACUCCUUUCCCGCUCCCCAGCACUGCCUACCUGCAUUCAAAGUUUGUACUUGGGAGCAACUUCUCAAACAGUUCCCUUUCUUGUGCUUUUUCAACCUGACUCUCUUAAUGUGCUUUUCAUGCCUCUCUGCAGAGGCAGGAUCCAAGUUGCACCCGUAAUCUCCCCGGUUUGCACAAUUCAGUGCUUGUGUGAUGGCUCAGUGCUUGCUCUGCUACACCGAGGAUCAUAAAUAUUUGUGCGUUUCCAGGGAGCAAUGGUGCUGCUUUGACCAUAUUAGGGGCUCGUUUGACUCUGAGCAUCGAUCCUUUAGCUGCUUGGCCGGACUAGGCGUCCCCUGACUGAGAGCUGCCCUCCAGAUCCUGAAAGGUUUUGCAUCAACAUAACCACCUGCAGCAGUGCCCAUUUGCUACUGAUGCCUUGGGCGAUGUGAGCUUUCUCACUGCAAGCCAGUAACCUCCCAGGGUCCUGGUUUUUAACUAGGUUAUUUAUGUGUGUUUGGUCAGGACUUCCCAAAGUGGCCUGCUAGUAGCCAUAGUUCCUACCACCUUUUUGUCUCCCUGCCACCCUCUUGCCACACAAGUGGGGAGGAAGAGAGGAACAUGUGAGAAGUGGAUUCCUCCUACCCUUUCAAGAAAUCUGGUUAAGCAGGCCAGAAAAAAGUGGUUAGAGGUUUGGGGGCCAAAUGGUUCCAGUCCAAGAACAGUUUUGCUUUGAGGGCUGCCAGUUGCUGACCUCCACUCUAAGAUUGCUUUUUGAUGCUGUAGGUGCCUGACUCCUGUUUGUCUUGCAUUUAUCUUUCUUUGUGUGAUGCUGCCUUGGCCUCUUGCCUCCUCUCCUAGAAGAGCUUACCUGGCCACAAUCUUAUUGGCUUGUUACUAUGCUACCUGAAGGACCAUCUCUCCCUGCAUCAACCAAGCUACAGUCAUCUGGGGAACCCCUGUUGUGCCGCCCUCUGCAGCCCAGUAAUGUGUGGAGCGUAGGGAUGCAGGAUAGACCUUUCUCCUUGAGCUGCAAGUCAGACAGUCUCACUCCAUGCCCCAAGAGGGGUCUAGUUCACUGUUUCGCUGAGCGCCUCUUGGUAGCAGCACAUUUUUCUUCCCGCCUGCAUCUUGUGGAAAUGCAUAACCUGCUUUCAACUCUCCUUGCUUUUUCAACUUCAGGCGUCUGGCUCAAGCUUCUUAAUCCCUUUGGCCACCAAACUUAACCAGAUUUGUCUGUUGCAAUUAGUCCAAGCUAUGAAGUGUGGUCAUCUCAGACCUGCCUUUGGUUUUCUGGCUUGCAGAAAUUGUUCAGUACCCUCGCUCAAUUACAGUACACUCGCUCAAUUACAGCUGCACUGUGUUUGCAAAAGCACCACUUGCUUUUUAAAAAAUAUUUUUAUUGGUUUUUAACAUACAAAAUUAUAAAACAUACCACACAAUUUAUCCACCACUUGCUUUUGCUGACAUCAGGCUCCCUAGCCCCUGGAAGGGCAUGCUCCAUAACUACUCAUCCUGGUGGGGUGGGUUUUUUUUGUCCUUUCGGAAGUGGAGCUUCAGGUCAUAGGGAUACAGGCUCCUCUCAUUCACUGUGUGGCUGUGAGAAGAUUUGCUGUUUCCAAGAUCACCUGACGCUAACACUGGUGCCUGUGGAGAAUGCUUUUGCUCCAGUUGUUUCCUGGGUAUGUUUACAGUGUAAGACGUAUCCAUUGCUAUCUAUUCUAAAUGAUAGAUAAUGAAUAACGCUGGGUCUGGGAUGAAGAAGCCUCUUCUUUUGGCAAAGUUACCAUGCAUAUUAACAAAAGGUGAGGCUAGCAAAGUGGAAUGCAGUUGUUUUUGCUUUGCAAGACAAGCUGGCUAAUGAGAUUCAGGCACCUUCAUUGAUAGCUCAAAUGGUUAGAGCAUGGUGCCGAUAAUGCCAAGGUUGCAGGUUCAAUCUCCAUAUGGGACAGCUGCAUAUUCCUUUAUAAACUGGGUCACAAGGGAUGAAAACAAAGUUAAUAUAUUGAGACAGUUGUACAGUGGUACCUCUGGUUAUGAACUUAAUUUGUUCUGGAGGUCUGUUAUUAAUCUGAAACCGUUCUUAACCUGAGGUACCACUUUAGCUAAUGGGGCCUCCUGCUGCCGCCAUGCCACCACCGCGUGAUUUCUGUUCUCAUCCUGAGGUAACGUUCUUAACCCGAGGCACUACUUCCGGGUUAGCGGAGUCUGUAGCCCAAAGUGUUUGUAACCUGAAAUGUUUGUAACCCGAGGUACCACUGUACAGCAAAGCAGAGUGUGGGGUCUUGCAGCUUCCUGGAACUUGUACUUGCUGGGAUAGAAGGUCCAACCUUUUAAUCUCUGGUGUGCUUACUAACAUUGGGAAGUUUUCUCUCUAAUGCCACAACUGAAGUGUUUAGUUCACAAAUCAAUUCAAAUCGCUCAUAAAAAGUAAACACUUUAAACUAACUGAAAGGUUACUCUGCGAUCUAAACGAGGCAGCAGAUUUUUAUUUUGAAAUGGAAAUACUUACUAAAAACCCCAAAUGGCAGGCGCCAGCUUCAAAUAAGCAUUCACUCAUACGUGCAGGAGAGAUGAGAAGCGAUACCUCUUCUGAUGUUGUGCCCUGCAAUAGAGACAUGUGUUCCUAUUUUAAAAGAAGCAUAGCAGUAAGAACUGUUCAGCAGCCAUUUAAGAGCAGAAGCCAGCUCCAGAUCUGGGAUGUAAACAGUACUCUGAGCGAACACCCACAAGAUGCUACAAAGGUGGUGAAGACUGUGGCAAGUCUGACCGAAUUUCAGAAGUAACUGACAUCUCAUAGUGUUGGCUUCCCUGCUACACGGUGUAGACCAGUGAUUCUCAUCAUGGGAUCCGUGGACCAUCACGUGAGCUUCAUUCAGAUGGCAUGUAUAAAAAUGCAGUUAAAACGCAUGCAGCAUUUUAGCAUAACACAUUACAGUUACUAUACAGUGGUACCUUGGUUUACGAACUUAAUCCCUUCCGGAAGUCCGUUCUUAAACCAAAGCAUUCUUAAACCAAGGCGUGCUUUCCCAUAGCAGCGGGGGACUCAAUUUACAAAUGGAACACACUCAACAGGAAGCGGAACAUGUUCUGCUUCCAAGGCAAAGUUCCCAAACCAAAACACCUACUUCCGGGUUUGCAGCAUUCUUAAUCCAAGUUGUUCAUAAACUAAGCUGUUCUUAAACCAAGGUACCACUGUAACACGCAGACAAAUUAUUAACUGGUCCACCAAGACCCUCGGCAAUUUUCUGCUGGUCUUGGGGGUGGGGGAGUUGAGAAGCCCCUGAUGUUGACCCUGCAAAAGUGAUCAAGCCUCUAUGUGAAAAGAAGCAUUGCAGCAUAGGAAGGUGCAUCAUACAGAGUCAAGUCAAUUAAUCUACCUAGCUCAGGCUCUGGAAACUGUUCUGCAGGGUCUGUGACAUUCUCGGGCCCCAUUUAGAGAUGCUAGGGCUUCAUCCUGGGACCUUCUGGGUACAAAACAGAUGCCCUACCACUGAGCCAUGGCAUACUUUUUCCCUGGAGAACCUUUGGGCUUUCUCAUUUCCAUUUUUCCAUGCAUGUUUCCUCCGCUGACCAAUUCCUAUAAGUGAGUGGGCUUCCAGAACCCACUGCCUGCAAAACCUGUUCUUGCAUUUCUUGGAAAGCCAGACAACCUGUCUUCAUAAAAAACAACAACCCCAAAACAGCAGCUGCACCCACUGCACAAGUUCAGUUUCCUGUUGUCUGUUGUGGUAGAUGCAAACUCUCUUAGUAGGCUAAUCGUUUGCUGAGGCCUUCUGAUUUUCUGCCAUUCUGCAGCAUCACCUUAAUUUAUGGUGUACUAUCACUGUAACUGGCCUCCUUACUUGCUCUUCCAUUUGAUUUUACACCUAUCUAAUAUGUUGUAUUUUCCGCUCCUUUGUUUCCUGGCUUUUGAGAUUCCUCUCUUGCUUCCGUUCCUGGUUUCAGAACCCUGCACUGCACCGCUUCUUUCAUCCGGCUCUGGUACUGUUUUGGUUCCUCAUUUGUGGCGCCUUGGAAAUAAUGUGGGUCCCUAUGUGGGGGAAGCUCCUGAAAGAGGAUCACAUGUAAGAAGCAGUUGUUUGACAGCUAGCAGAUUUGACCAAUUUCUGUUGAAUCAAAGUUAAGGAAGGAGAGGCUACCACAUUCAAAGGUAGAUUCUUCCACUGUCCCAUCUACAAACGGCCAUAUUGCAGAAGACUCUAUAACCAGUAGGAAAUACGUAUUCUACUGUAUUGCUUUUUUAAAAAAUCCUUAAUUUUUUAAAUUUUUAAUUAAUACCCACCCACCUCGUUCCUCUUGUGGUUUUAGGAAACAUGUUGCUUGCAUUGUUUGACUAUGCUGGGCUGGCUACCUUGCCCAACAAUCGUUAAAUGCUCAGUGCUGAAUAUGGCAAAACAAUUACAGCGGUACCUCGGGUUAAGAACUUAAUUCGUUCUGGAGGUCUGUUCAUAACCUGAAACUGUUCUUAACCUGAAGCACCACUUUAGCUAAUGGGGCCUCCCGCUGCUGCCGUGCCACCGGAGCAAGAUUUCUGUUCUCACCCUGAAGCAAAGUUCUUAACCCAAGGUACUAUUUCUGGGUUAGCAGAGUCUGUAACCUGAAGCAUAUGUAACCUGAAGCGUAUGUAAUCCGAGGUACCACUGUAUCACAAUUUUUCCUACUAGACACAUAUUUAAAGCAGUUUCCCCAAACACUGCACAUUUAUGUAUGCUAUUUCCACUAAUACAUACAUUUAUAUGCACACUUUACCCUAACCUGAGGUACUACUUUAGCUAAUGGGGCCUCCCGCUGCUGCUGCCGCUCCGCCGGAGCACGAUUUCUGUUCUCAUCCUGAAGCAAAGUUCUUAACCCGAGCUACUAUUUCUGGGUUAGUGGAGUUUGUAACCUGAAGCGUCUGUAACCCGAGGUACCACUGUAUUUAUUUUUUAACGGGAGGUUGCUGCAACUAAGAGCUGUGUGAGCUUCUGGCUUACAUGUUACUCUCAUGCGUGAAAGCAAGCAAGAAAUGAGCGCCUUCCUUCCUCCUGGAGGGGCUGUAACAGAGGCUCGUGCAGAGUUCCUGCUUUGCAAACACACGUGAUCUUGUUUUCUUAUAACGCUGUGCUCUGUCCCUGGCAUGUUAUGUGAGGGUGGUGUGGCAGAGGAAUACCUCCCUCUGCCUGAAACCUUGGGAAGCUGCUGCCAGUCAGAGUAAGCAAUGCCAAACUGCUUGGACCAAUGUUCUUUGACUCAAUGCAAGACAACAUCAUGCAUUUGUGUAUUUAGGGGGGAAACUCUGUUUCUGAGUGGACUUCUGACUGUAGGAAGCUUUCUGUUUUGCUAAUUUGAGGGAGGGAGGUGGAGUCAAGUCACUGACACAUUACACACAAACACACUCCUUUCCUUGAGGCGUUUUCUGCUACUGGUUUGUUCUGUGCUGAUAACCCCUAUUUUUCACUCAGAAUCCUGCUAGUGUGUUCUGAUAGUGCCACUGUCUCCUCUUCUUCCCAAGCAGUCUGAUGCUUUUUAAAAAACUACUUAUGUGUCUUGAAAGUGACAAAUUUGCGUCCUGUGCAGGCCUAGAAAGAGAGAUACACAAAUAAGUUACUAUGUGGAAGAUAAUGAGUCUCUCUCAUCUUAAAUGACUUGUGUGUACAGUGACUUGGUCUCGCUUUAUCCGUUAAUGGUGGGAACUUCUAAAAUUUAGGGAAUCAAGGAGCUGCUUAUUACCAGCAAAGUUUUGUAACUAAAACCUCCCCUGCUGCCCCAGUAAGGUUCUAUAAACUUUUUAAAAGUUACUGUAUUAGGUGACAUAAUAGAAGUUUAUUUUCAACAUGCACAGCAUAGAGAACCGGGAUUAUUUAUAAAAUAAAGUUUUAUUAUCUAUCAAAGUGCAGAGACACAAAGAGCACCUUUUAAGGCUGCGUUCCUUUGCACAUUUACCUGGGGAUAAGUCCAAUCGAAUGGGACGCGGGUGGCGCUGUGGGUAAAACCUCAGCGCCUAGGACUUGCCGAUCGCAUGGUCGGCGGUUCGAAUCCCCACGGUGGGGUGAGCUCCCGUCGUUCGGUUCCCAGCUCCUGCCCACCUAGCAGUUCGAAAGCACCCUUAAGUGCAAGUAGAUAAAUAGGUACCGCUUUAUAGCGGGAAGGUAAACGGCGUUUCCGUGAGCUGCUCUGGUGCCGGUUCGCCGGAGCAGCGUCGUCACGCUGGCCACGUGACCCGGAAGUGUCUGCGGACAGCGCUGGCUCCCGGCCUCUAGAGUGAGAUGAGCGCACAACCCUAGUCUGUCAAGACUGGCCCGUACGGGCAGGGGUACCUUUACCUUUACCUAAGUCCAAUCGAACCUUGACUUUCUGACAGUUAGAGCUGUUUGACAGUGGAACAGACUUCCACGAGAGGUAGUGGACUCUCCUUCCUUGGAGGUUUUAAAGCAUCUGUCAUGUAUGAUCUGGUUGAGAUUCCUGCAUUGUAGGGGGUUGAUCUAGAUGACCCUUGGGGGCCCUUCCAACUCUACAGUUCUGUGCUUCUAUGAAUGUCACCUUGCAAAACAAAUGGAGUAGUGCAGCCAUCCCAACCAUAUCUGUUGGGAACAUGCUUCCCACUAGCUCCAGCCAGCAUGAGUGUAUGAUCCUGUGGCUGCUGGGAGUCCAACACAUCUGGAGGGCAGCAGGUUGGAGAAGACUGGAGAAAGAAAGCAAAAACCUUUGGGCUGCUUGCUGCUCCCAUGGGGGAGGGGGGAGGCUUAAGCAGCUGCUGAGGAUGCCUCCUCUUGGCAUCCUUCCUCUCUGCUGUUUUUACGCAUGCCACAGUUAGCCAGUUAAAAGUGUGCCAAAGUGGCAAGGGUGCCAGUGGUAAAGUUGCAUUGCCAGCUUAGCCCGUCCGAGUUCAAAGUGUCAGGUGCCCUGCUGGAUCUUGCAGUGCCGUCUUCAAAUGUUGAGUCAGCAGAUCUGCCUUCCUGCAUCUGUGGUCUUGUAGGGAGUUUGAGAUCAGCUCCUGCUGAACAUAUGUAUCUGUUUACUUGUUGCUGCGUAUAUGAGCCUCGGAAGCUUCUGUCUGGCUGCGCUUCAUUUCUAUACUUAGAUGUGCAGGUGUUCUGACCAGCCUGGGAGGGAUGCUACGUUAAAAGUGGGAGCACAUGGUUCAAAUCUUUGUUUACUCGGGUGAGGAAAACAUGCACUCUGCACAUGCUCCAGGGUCCUCUUGGCACUGACGCAUCACUCAAUAAGUGUUUCAAAGUAACGUGUGUUGCCUUGCUUGCAGUCCUCACCAACAGCCCUGUAAAGUAGGGACAGUAUUGGCAUCGCCCAGUUUGCAGAUAGGAGCCCUGAGGCUAAGCCGAGAGAGACUGACUUGCUUAAAGCACCCAUCCCCCGUUAAUUCUUGGGAAAGGUUCCAGGGCUAUACCUUGGUGCGCCUUAAGCCCUGGAGGUUUUUAAAUAAACAGGGCAGUAUUCUGAAGGGAGGAGGUUACGCAGAUGUUGCCCAAAACUUUCAGGCAGGGGUGCCACUGGACGGGAUUGCAGUGUACGUUUUAAAACCGCACUGCUCUAGCCUCAAGGGGGAAUGUUCUUUCUCACACUCCUGUGCGCUUGCAUUCUCAUAGUGUGCAAACAUUUUAAUAAAAACGUGAUGCAAAGAUAGCCAGCGUCCUCUAGAUAAGGCAGUGACUGACUCUCUGCAAGGGGAUGCUGGGUGCCCCCACCCUGCCGAAGGCGGCAACAGCAGCUUUGCAGGCAAAUACAAUAUGGGGGUGGAGAGGGGAUUAUGCAAAGGAGCUUCCGGCUUCUCGGGUGGCUGCCUCUUCCUUGCUGCAGGGCCAAUCGGUGGCGCUGGAGGUGGCACCUACUGAAAUGGGCGAAGGAGCUGUUAGGUGUGAAUGAUGCAACUGUCCUCCUCUCUUGCUUGUCCUAGCUUUGAAUCAUCUGCAAGGAAAUUGAAUCAUUCAUUCAUUCACUAGGGGGGAAAAACCCAACUAGGACUUCCUGGAUAGCAAGCAUUUUGAGUGUGGCCCGAGUUUCCCCUACUCACCAUGUGUUACUGCGUCAAAAAGAUGCUGUUUUCCUCCUAACCUUACUUGACGGGAAAACUCCCCAGCUAGGAAGGAGGUAGCAUCCUCCCCUGUGUUUCAGAAUCUGCAGCUGUGAGCAUAUGUUUUGAGUGAUACUGUUGUUUCUGACUUAGGAUGUGAACAUCUGCUUGUGGGGAAGUGUUAGGUUUUUUUGUACCUGGAACUGUGCUAGGCAGUGCUGCUCAUAGACCAUCCACGUGGCCCUGUCCUUGCAGAGAGUGUUUUCAAGUCUGCAUUAGCGGCCAGGGUGUGAUAGGAGGGAGACUAGGGUGGAGAUGGGCCAGGGAAGAGCUGGGUGGCAGCAGAGAGAUGCAGGUAUAGUUUGGAGAAAAGUCCUCAAUCUUCUUUCUCAUGUUUAUAUGCUGCAGGAUGAGCCCUGAAGGGGCCCCAAAGUGGCUCUCAGUUGCCUUGUGUGUCGUUGUUGUUUUUAAAACAGUUACCAGCUUAACUUCAGUGCAAAACAAUGAAACCAAAAAUAAGGUGGGGAGAGUGCUCUGAUCCUGCUUGUGGGCACCUUGGAGGCACCUGGUGAGAACAGGAUGCAGGGCUAGAUGGGAUGCUGAUCUAGCAGCCAGGCUCUUCUUGCAUCCUCAGUCAGAAUAUUCUGAAACGGAACCAGUGCAAUGUCUGCUGCUUCCCUAGAGUCUUCCUCCAGAGCUCCCCAGCUAGAGAAGAGGCUGAGUUCUCUAGGCUUUCCCUUUGAGAGGGAAAAAGAGCAAGCCUUCAGGUGGAAAAGCUCACCCUCUCUCACCAGGCUGCACUCUAGAGGAAUGUAGAAUUGGAAGGAGUGUGCCUGUGUGUUUGUGUGCGGGUGCCGGUGGCAUGGAUGCAUUUAUAGUGGAGACAGUUUCAGAGGAAGCAGUCUGCCAAGUGGAGUCCUAGCAACCACAAGCUUCCAAAAAGUUUGACUGCAGAAGUUCAUCCGUGCAUUGGCGAGAGUAGUGCAGGUCUCAUUUAUUUUGUAUGUGUGUGUGUUUUUCCCCUUGGUGUGGGUAAGGGAAUAUUCAUUGGCCUGGAUCCUACACUGUGCUUUGCAGGUGCAACUCCAGCAGAUGAUGGGGGGGGGGGAGUUGUGCUGAAUGUGGCAUUCCUUAAAGGGCCAAACUCUGCAAGAAAACAGCUGUGCCUUGCCCUCAAUCUUUAGUUUGGUAUAUUUCUUUUCCUGUUUGUAAAGAGGGUGGCUUGCGAAGCUCCUACUCCAACAGUGAACUAACCCACCUUGAUCUGUUCCUUUCCAGUGCUGCUCACAGCCGUCAACUGCUACAGUGUGAAGGCCGCCACCCGCGUCCAAGAUGGCUUCGCGGCUGCCAAGCUCUUGGCUCUCGCCUUGAUCAUCAUCCUGGGCUUCGUUCAGCUGGGAAAAAGUGAGUGUGUAUGUGUGUUUUGCUUCUUCAAAAAACAGGAUGGAAGUGGAGGAGAAGGUGGUACAGGGGUAGGGGUGGCGGGUGGUUAGGGAGGACUUCCCCCAAAUUCUGGCUCUAGCAGCAGAGGCAUGGAGCAACUAUGAUAUAGAAUAGAAGACAAGAGGUGGGGGCACCAGAUUUUGGCGUCAUGUACGGCCCUGCUGAAAUUUGGGACCCCAAGGCCUGCCACUGCAGGCAGCCCCCCUGUUUCUUCUAUUUGAGACUAGACUUGAUCACUCUCGUUAUGGUCCAGGGAAAACAAAACUGCAUUUUCUCAGGUACCUGCAAAAAUAGGAGAAACGUUCCAGAAAAUGCCUUGUAACGGCGCAUCUUUCACUUGGGCAAUGUGGUAGUUCUGAGAUCUUACCAGAUGCUCAGAAUAAGCUGUCAGAAAGACGAAAUUCAGCAGCUACAGCUAUUCCUAGCCUUCAUGGAUAUGAAAUGCAAGUGAAAGCUUCAUUUGCACAGAGACAUCCAUGGCACAUUUGGUCUCUCUGUUUCUCAUUAUUCUAAUCUUAAAAUUCAGUUCCCUGUAUUGUCACCUUCAUUUGUGGAUUUCAUCUCUCCCCCCUGCCCCUGCCCCACUUAAACCACUCAGGAACGUUAGCAUUUUUAGUGUGAAUUUAUCUGAAACAAUUUUUGUAUACAGUUCUGACUAAUAUACAGAUUUUGGAAGCAAUUUCCUCUAAUGUCAGGCAUUCUUGUCUGUUACACUCACAAAGUGCAUGCAUUUUUACUCACACACCCCCCCCGGCACACACAUUUUUGUACACAUUUUAUGGUUGCCAGACUGCACUGCAAAAAAAUUCAGAGUACAAAUGUCGAAGUGUGGUGCGUUCUGAUUUAUGUAUUGGUUCAAGGUGUGCAAAUUAGGUAUUAGCUUAUUAAAAUGCAAACGGCAUCAAAUGUCUCCCGCAUCCCUAACGAUGAGCGACCCUUGACAGCCUUUAUCUUCCUUCCUCCCUCAUUUGCUGUGCUCUCUGCCCCACAUCAGCCUUUUAUGAAACGAGAGUUGCUUGGGAAGUGCCAAGUUUUCCCCUUGACCUUGUCUGACCUUCCCUGGCUCAGAUCUUGUCCUCUUGACUGCAUGUACCCUCUGCCCUUCCUGCCUGUAUCGCUGUUGUUUUUAGCAUGGCAGGACGUGGUGGGCACCUGAGCCAACCCCUCAUUCAACAGGGGUCCAGGCAGGCUGGUCACAUGGCUUGUGGCAGCCUGUUUCUGCUUUCGCUGCUUGUCUAGGAGAGGAGAUCAAAUGCCAGGAUGGUGUUUCCCUUCUGUGUGUUUUCGCCAGCCGGCGGGGCUUGCUUGGUGCAAAAUAGCACACACACGCACACCCCUUCCACUCCCUCUUGCUGGAUAUUUGACUCCCAGAAGAGAGAUGCAGGCAGACGAAUGAAGUCUGUGGGCUGUCAGUACAGGGUAGUCUUCAUGAGGAAAUUGCGCCCCCUCCUGUCCUUCUGGGGAAAUCUAGAAAGCAAGCAGGGGGCUGUUGCCUCCACCCCCGUCCAAAGAGAUACAUAUAGAGGAGCGAUUGCCACAGGAUGCUAGAAGUCAGGAAAUAGGUGCUUGUAAUUUUAACCACACUUGCUUUGUAUGCACAUGUUCAGUGCUGGUGUCUGUCUUCAGGUAGGGCUGGGAAACUCCUCCUGCCCAAAUCCUGGAACGCUUCUGUCAAUCAGUGUAGAAUUUAUGCUGGGCUAGCUGAACUGGUGGUCUGACUCAAUAUAAGGCAGCUUUAUGUGUUGGUAACAUAGGAGUAACAUAGGUUUCCAGGAAUUCAGGCAUACAGUUUGGGCCUGGGGUUAUCUCAAGGGCUUUCUUUCUUCUGUACAAACCCAGAAGCUUGUCAGUAGCCAUCAGCAGAGGCCUUGCUUCACAUCUUGCCACCUUUCGGCUUUUCCCUACCGACGCCUAGAUGAGUCCCGGGCCCUUGUAUGACCUCCAUGGUGCAUGUGUUUAUGUUUCCUGUCAAAAACGAACAUUGGAAGACCCUUCUGGAUCAGAUGAGAGGCCCAUGCAAUCCAGCAUCCUGAUCUCACAGUGACCAACCAGAUUACCCAUGGGGAAUCCACUAGUGGGACCCAGAGUGCAGCUUAAGAUUUCCAGUAACUAGUGUUCAGAGGCUCUCUUUCUCUGACAGUGGAGAUGGGGCAGCAGCCAUCAGGGUUAGUGGAUAGCCUCACCUCCCAUGAAUUUGUCUUCUUAAAGCCACCCAAGUUGGUAGCCAUUGCUACAUCUUGUGGGAGCAAAUGCCAUAGCUGACCUAUGUCUGAAGAAGUCCUGAAUUUUGGGUCUCCUGGAUCUUCUGGCUUCCGGCUUUAGUAGGCAUUGGUAGCCAUAACCAUGGCUGUUCUGUUUUUAUUUUGUUAGGGACUGGAAGGUCUAAAUGGAUUUUUGUUUUAGUUACAGCCCUGGUCUUCAAGUGUUAUGGGGUGUGUAUAUGUUUACAGAUGGAGAUUUGUUUUGCUGCUCUCUCUGUCUUGCACACUCUUGUUUAUUUUUGUUCCAUUUUUGUGUGUGCUUUACUUCGCAAGCUUCUUUCAAGCAUCUUGCAGCUUACAAGCGGUCUAGAAAUGCAAACAAAUAAAUGGAGCUUAAUGAAGCAGUUCUGUCCAAUGAAGAUGCAAAGGGAUAAAAAAAAGAGCCUGUCUCUUAAGUUGAAAGAUUUUCUUCCUUCCUUUCUUAACAUCUCAGCAUUUUAAAAGAAUAAAGCUAACUUUGUUAAUUGUGUUUGUUUCCUUCUAAAUGGCAGAGCCUCGUGACACAAACUCUCGAAAUGUCUUGCCAACCCGGACCUGGUUGGUGUCAGCAGAGAUCUCUCUGCUCAGCAUUUUCCAGUAUUUUUUGAUAAAAGGAUAAGAAGCGGAUGGGAACUUUUGAGGGAGGAAUUCCUUCUUCUGUAAAACAAAACAGAAGGUUGUUGUUGGGGGGGGAGGGAGCCCCUCUAUUCUGGAGCAAUAUAAGGGACACUUGUUUAACAACAAAGGAUUCAGAAGGAAUUCUCCACUUCUCUUUGCCCUCUUCGGAACUUGCAAGAUAUUAUUUUUCCUUUCCCUCUUCUCCUGUUACUGCCUCCCCCUGUAAUUGCCUUGUGACCUUUGGGCAGUUUUUCAGUGGUGAUGCUUGCAAAAUACACUUCUUUCUUCUUCCCACCCCUUCCAUAUUGCGUAGGGUGCUUUGCUCAACUUAUUUCCUCCUUUAAGGUGGGCUGUCGUUAAUGGCCAUGGAAUGCCGGCAUCACCUUUUGGGCUCUAGGCUAAUAAUAGCCUUCCUUUAAUAUCUCCAGAGAUUCCUUUCUCACUCACAGGAAUCUGCCUCAAAGGUCUUCUCUGCAUCUCAGGUCAUGGUUGUGCAAGCAAGAAAUCUGCAGACUCACAGCUUUAAACCGACUGUAGAUUUUGAAAUAGUUGACAUUUGUGUUUCUAUCACACACCCCCAUUACCUGUGUGCAUCAAUAAGAACUAGGGAGUUGGUUCCUUUUUUCUAACAAGAUCAACACCCUGAGGCUUCUGAAAUCUGCACAUGAUGACAGGUUCUGCAUUCUUGUGCUCUGCCAUCACAGAACUCUCGCUUUGUGCACAGGAUGGAACCCAAAAAAGGUACCCUGCAAUGCUGUGCAUAGAUAAUGAUGGGAAAACUGUGUUGUCUGGUUAAGAGCCAUUUGGUCUGGUUGUUGGGUUUACAAUCUCACCCCUUAAUGUGCUGCACUUCACAGUUCCCAGAAGCGAUUCACAGUUUUGAUUUUUUGUUUUUAAUGGGCAUUUAAUGCAUUUUAUAUUAAAAACCUUUGUUGAGGUGGUUCACAGGUCUUAUACGCACAAAAUAGCCAUUAAAACAACCUUGAAGCUAUCAAAUACAAUAAUAUAGCAUCAAAGAGGAGCGAUACAUUAAUAUCCAAGUAGUGAGAACAGAAAAACUAAGUAUGCAGGCAGAUCCUAAUCCGACUUUUGCCAGCCUUCUUCCCUCCAGGUGUUUGUCCUGCCCCAGCCCAGCUUUCUCAGCCACCACAUCAAACCCCCAAAAUGAGAUUCUUCCUCACCUCAUGGCUUUUCUCUCACUAUGCCUCAACAGAAGCCCUAUAUUCCCAUCUUCUCUGGAUCCACAUUGCAUCAUUUUUCCUGCCUGCAAAGCGGCCUUUGCCAGCCCUGGUACUCUCCAAAUGCUUUGGAGUACAAUUCCCAUCAGCCCCAACCAGAAGAGCCACAUGAUCCUGGGCUACAACUUCCAUCCUCCCUUCUGAAUGCUGAUGGGACCUGGAGUCCAAAAACAAUGGGAGGGCUGCAGGUUCCCUAGCCCCGACCCCAGUAAAUGGAAUAGUUUUGAUCCACUGACAAAAUGAUGCUGAAGUCAGCACUUAGCUCUGUGGGGAGCAUUCCAUAGCAGGACUCUUUUCUCUGGUCACCACUUACGAAGGGAGGGGUACCCAAAGGCCUUGUGCAGUUCUAGAUAAUUGGGCUGGGGCAGUAACCUAUUCCCAUCUGCCUUUGAGAACAGAGAUAUUUCCAGUAAAAUGUGCACCUUUUUUGUUUUCAGUGGCCCAGUGAGUAACCGCUAAACAAAGCAUUAGCAUCAAAAUUUGUAAUGGCAAAGAUGCAUAAAAACCCACUUUUUCUUCUACUAAGUUGGCUUGGGCAGGGAUGGCCUGGCCACAGCAAUUCAUGCACUGGUAACUUCAAUGUGCUCUAUGCGGGGCUAACCUUGGUCCUGGUCCAGAGGUUCCAGCUGGUGGAAAAUGCUUUGGCCAGACGGUUGAUGGGGAUGCACUGUUGCCAGCACAUAACUCUGGUGCUCAAAAGCUUGCACUGGCUGCCUGCAUGCUGCUGGGCCAGCUUCAUUGUUCUUGAAUUCAGCUGCAGGCCCCUGAACAGCUUGAGUCCAGGAGGUUUCAAGGGCAGCCCAAGCCCUUACAACAUCCCUGCGUGAUCGUUGAGGUCUGUUAGUGGUCCUCCGUGGCUCAGACGUACAGCUCAUAUCCACCAGAAGCUGUGUGCUCAGUAUUAUGGGCCUGAUUUUGCAGAUCUCUCUUCCAGUUGAGUUCAGACAGGACAGCUCCCUGUUGAACUUCUGGCAUCUACUGAAAACUUUUUAUUCAGCACUGGCAUUUUAACUAGUGUUACAGUUUCAAUGAAUUUUUAUCUUUUCUAUAUUUUAUUUUUUGUAUACUGCUUAGAGACAACUGUAGGUAUUUAAAUUGUUUUAAAAAAAAUUAAGUUCUGGGUGCUUUUGCAUGUCUUUGAACUAAAUACUUUUUCAAGUCAGCUGUCAGACCCAGCUUUGCAGUAAAGCCAUUUUUCUCCCGUCUUCUGGGGCUCUUCUCCUGAGCUUCUGCUGAACAGAUGCAGGGUCAUUUAAGGACACUGCAAGUGCGCUUAGCUUUGGUCGCUCUUCAUGGGAAGCUUAGGUGUGUGACUUUGGCUGAAUGUCUUAUUUUUUAAAAUGGUGUUUUACACAUCUGUCACACAGAUGGGGAAGUUGCAGCCUUCCACAUGUCGCCCUCCCAACUCCCUUCAUCCUUGAUCGCUGGCUGGAGGUGCUGGGAGUUGGGAGCCCCCGGUAACAAUUUCAUUACAGGCCCUUGUUUUUUAAAGUUUGAUUUUAUCAGUAUUUUGGAUAGCUGUGUUACACUAUUUUAUGCUGACCUCUUUGAUAGUUUUCUUUUCAAGCCCGGAUAAACACUUUUGUAAUUGUCAUGUGGUCCAGACAUCUUAGCAUGAUCUCAGCAUUGCUUUUUUUGAGAGGGGUGCCUAAAUAAUGAAAAGUUGAAAGUAAACGAGGAGAAAAACAACACAUUUCAUUAGGUGUGAUUACAUACUUAAUUACUUCAUCCAUUAGAAAUUAUAUUAGUAUAAUCAAAUUCAAAAGACACACACAGGAAAUCAGUAAAGAGAGGUGGAGAGAUAAAAGCCGAUGAUAAUAACUACAAUUUGAGGAUUUAAGUGGUUUACAAAUUUUGGGGAGCGGGAAAUUGGACUAGGAAUAAAAUGUGCCCUUUACACUCCAUAAGAAGGAUCUCUUGCAGUGUUGCAAAAGAUUCUGAGGCAGAUCAUAUAUAUAAUUUCUAGCCGAAGCUUGUGCAGUUGGGCCGCUCUUGACCGUCUAAGGAACCUCAUUACCUUGUUCACUCUUGUGAAAGAAAUAUUUACCUCCAAAAGAAAGAGCACUUUGUCCAAUUCGUUUGGCCGGUGAUGCUUCUCCCAGGGGAGGCUGGCGUCUUUACUGUACUCAGAUUCCCUUUAUUGGUGGACAUUGCCCCUUCCCCACCUCUUCCAGCGAGGCUUAUCCGACUAAUUCCUUGGUUUGGCACCAACAUUGGGGAAGAGGGGAUUGUCUCGGAUUUUCUUAUUAGAACCAGACCUGAAAGAGAUGAGAACGGCCUUCUUUUCUCCUCCUGGAUGGAUGGCACUUGAGCACAGGCACCAGAGUGCAGAACACUCACCUGGCGCUUUUUCUAAAUUGUGUACCUCCAUUUAUGACUGUAUAUGAUGCUGCAGCAAAGCAUAUGGCAAGGGCAAACUAGAAAGCACCGGAGCCCUGCUUCUGUGUCCUUCCCAAGGAAAAGCAGUGGUGAUCUUCAAAAGCAGAAAUUUCAGGAAUGACAUGGGGUUUGUAGACUGGGCUGCCAGAAGAAUUGAAGCCUUUGAGCCUGUUGCGCAUCCAUAUUCUGCCCUGUGAUCUUAUUAGUAUUAUCAGGUGAUCAGUCAGGAACCUUACAGUGCACUUCUGUGUGUUCCUUUGCAAGUGGGCUUGUAGUCAGUGCUGUUUAAAUCCAGCACCAGAUGCAAGCUGCCCUGGGUUCUGUUCCACUUGGGAUAUCCCAGUUAAUUAAAGUUCUAGCACAAGUCUUUAGGGAGGAGCCUGGAACAUAGGAAGCUGCCAUAUACAGAGUCGGACCAUUGGUCCAUCUAGACCAACAUUGUCUACAAUGACAGGCAGCAGCUCCCCAGAUUUCGGACAGGGAACAGUCACAGUCUUAUCUGGAGAUGCCGAGGAUUAAACCUGGGAGGGUAGAUUCUCUAGCACUGAGCUGCAGCCCUUCCCAUAGAAUGGAGGGACUUCUUUACAUCCCUCCAUAUUGUGGGGACUGUCCCAUUUGUUCCUACUCUCUGCUUCCAGUUUCUGAUCCAGAAGAGGUCCUUUCCUCUUAUUCCAUGACUGCUAAGCAAACUCGGGAGGCUUUGGGGAGGAACUUCCAUUGAAAGCCUUUUGGAAGCUCAAGCUCACCUCUUUAGGUGAUGCUAAAAUCCCAGAUUCAGCUUGUGAUGAAAAGCCCCAGAGCAAAAGGCAAAGUGGAGUUGGCAAUGCCCAAACCCUAAAUCACUCCUGAUUUGCAAAGUUGAGCUGGCAACAUGUUGCAUCGCGCUCUCUGCCGUGCCCGCCUGGCUUCAGGCACCGUGGGCACCCGCCUUUGCCAGCUGGGCACGCCUGGCCCCGCAGGGCCCUCUUUCACCUUGGAUAGGAUGCUUGAAACCUGUGAUUAAAAAGUAGGCAGGCCAUAUGGCACAUGCACACUUACCUGUGCAAUUAUGCUCCUCACCCUACAGUGCAAAACUUGGUUAAGUUUUACUGUUAAGCUUCUCUGGCAGUGUUGAGGGCUAUGUAGGCAGCUUGUGGCCUUAGACCAGGGGUGAGGAACUGGGGGCCAAAUGCAGUCCCUCCUGGCCUCUCUGCUUAACCCUUGGGGCACCCUCUCCUCUAGUACUUUUGCCUUGCUGCCAUGUAAAGUCUUUUGCAUGAUUCUUUAGUUGGGAUUUCUUCAGUCUUCCAUCCUUGUGCUACCAGAACUCUUGACUGUUCUCUUUUUAUUAUUUAUCCCCACCUAAACCAAGGGGGCAUCCUACGAGCAUAGACUGAAAUAAUGCGAGGAAAUCAGAUCCGGCCAUGAAUUGCACAGGACAUACAUGCAUGUAAACGUUUUAGCAUGCAUGUAAGUUUUGUGCCAUUUCAGAAAUAACACUUUGCGGUUCAGUAUUGUUUUUAUUUUAACUGUCUAUGUGGCGGCAGCAUAAUCUUCUCAGUGCCUAGGACCUCUAAAGGUCUUAAUCCCUCCCUGGCGCUGUCCCUCUCCAUGUCUGCAGCAAAGUUGCUAUUCUCUGCGCUCUGAGUUGCUCCAUCUCUCGUGGCCUCUUGCUGAAACCAGCAAGCUUCCCUUGGGCAAAUCUGUACCGUAGAUGAAGGUGUUUUGUUCCUGGCUGUGUUGUGAGCCAAGCAAAGACCCUUAAUUAGCUUGUGUUCCGUUGGCCUGGAAGCCCAGUUGGCCGUCUUCUUACUUCUUCAUCCUUUUGUGGCCUCUGAUCCAAAUCUUCUGAGCGGCUCAAAAGCCAGAGGAAAUAGGCUUAGGGAGAAGCAAGUCAGACUACUGCAGGGCGUUCUGUCUUGAAAGCCAGGAAGAGGACGUGCCAUGAGAAAAGCUGCAGCGUUUGGGACUUUUGGUUUAGAGAAAAGGCAAGAAAGAAGUGAUACGAUGGACGUUUAUAAAAUGAUGCAUGGCAUGGAGACAGUGGGUGGAGAACAGUUUUUUCUCCCUCCCACAUAAUACUAGAACUCGUGGACAUGAAUGUUGGAAGAUUCAGGACAGAUAGAAGAAAGUAUUUCUUCAUGCAGCACAUAGUGAAACUAUGGAACUUGCUGCUACAGAAGACAGCGAUGGACAACUUUAAAAGAGGACAACUGCAUGGAGGAGCUAUCAAUGGCAACUACCCUGAUGGCUAUGCUCUGCCUCCAGAGGUUAAAGCAGUAAUACUUCUGAAGACCAGUUGCUGGAAAUGACAACUGGGGAGAGUGCUGUUGUGAGUUUCCUGCAGGCAUCUGGUUGGCCACUGUGAGGACAGGGUGCUGGACUACACGGGCCAUUGGCCUGAUCCAGCAGGCUCUUCUUACUUUCCCAGGAGUUGCUUUCCACAGCAUUGUCUAUUGGCCUCAGCCAGCAUGGCCAGGCUCCCAUCAGCCCCUGCAUUACACAGCCAUGCCGGCUGGGGCAUGUUGUGAAGUUGGCAUCCCCAGAAACUGGAGGGCAGCAGACAGGCGAAGGCUGUUGUGUUUUGCAAGCAGGCAGAAUGAUGCAAUGGGGUCUGGUCGAGAUGGGAAUGCCCUGAUUUGGGCCUCCUGUUGGGGCAAAAGCUAUCAGAUGAGGAAGAAUCUCGCUUUGGGGGUUUGAUGUGGUGGCGGCUGAUGAGGUUGGGCUCAGGCAGGAUGAGCCCCACCUUGUUUGUGAGAAGCCUUCCAGACAAAGUGGGGAGCAGGAUGGUACAGGAUGCCUGGUGUUCGUUCCCAGGCGCUGGCCUUGUGCGAACACCAGGGGCUCUUCAACUUGAGUUAAUAAUGUGCUUUUAGCCCAGCAGGGGAGGAGGAAAUCUGGCAGCCAAGGCCCCAUUUGUGUGUGUGCUCGUCUCAGUACAUUUUAAUAAUAGCACUUCAUGAGUGUUUGCUAACAAACUUUGCACUCCUAAACUGCAGCGGAGAAGAAUUAAGUCUUCCUUUUGUAACAAGGAGAGAGAAGGAAAGUUCAUUUUUGUUUUGCCCUGAAUUCACAUUAGCGGUUUGGGCACUCUUGGAUUGGGGUCCUGAAUCUCCCCCUACUUUUUUAGGGCAAAGUAGAUGUUGGGUACCCUCUUUGAAGCUCUGCAGCUCAUAGCACAUGCUUCACACUCAGAAGGUCUUGGAAUUCCAGCCCCCAGUCAGGAUCUCAAAAUCUGGGGAGCCGCUACCACUCCAUGCAGAGCAGGGGCUGGGCAGAAAGUAGAGCUCAGUCUAUCGGUAGACUUGAACUAGACGUGACUAAGAGUUUUUGACCAGUGCUAGAAACUCAGAUAUAUAAGCUAGGUGCCAAAUGGCUCCUUAAACCAAGGUUACAGUCACCAAAACAGAAUGUCUAGUUGCCAUUUGGGGGCAAGACAGCUCUAAAGUCUUGUUUUUUAAAUGAUGGGCUGACUGUGACAUCUGGCUAGUUCAGAUGACAACCUUGAGCUAGGUUAAGAGCUUAAAGAAUAAAAGUCACUUGAUCCAGGGAUAGUCCACAUAUAUCUUGGCCUAUUCUGACCUCUUUUUCUUGAUGGUGACUGCUCCUGCUCAGGCUGCACAGAAAAAGCAUUUUGGUUCUGGAAAUUAAUUCUGAUUGUGCAGAUAAAAUAUAACUGAUGGAAUUCUACAAGAUGUGGUGGUAUUAGUGUGUGAAAACAGUCCAGAUCCAAUGAUCCGAGGCACGCACCUCCAGAUGGUGGAAAUGUCAGGCACCAUCCUGGUACCCAGGCAUCUUCACUUGGUCACAAGUAGUUGAUUCCUUGCUUUUGACUCCUUGUUUAACAAGAGCGGCAACCAAAGGAUGCUUUUCAUCCAAAGUGGGCUGCUGAAAUUAAAACAAGGAGUGGGCUCUGGGACUGUGAGCUCAUUUCAGUUCUCCAACUGGACAUUUCACAAGUCGCAAGAGGAAGGGGCGUAGCUCAGUGACAGAACAUGCAGAAGAUCCCGGGUUCACUCACUGGCAGGAUCAGGACUGUCUCCUGUCAGAAAUUUUGGAGAAGCCACUGCCAGUCAGUGUAGACAACACUAAGUUCUAAAGUUGGGGUAGCUUUGGGCAUUUUGUCUACAUAUAUAAUUAGCAUUCUGCCAGGACCCAAGACCAGCACCCCUGGGACUCUUGGCUCCAUCUCAAACCCACUUAGUGUUGGAGAUCAGAAGACUUAAGGUGCCUUUGGACCAUUGUGGGGGCCUUUGAGGUAUUGCCUUCAUUGCCUUUUAUCUUGUCAAUUAUAUCAACUGUUCCUUCCCCCAUUUUAGGCCUACCUGUACUCAUCUUAAAUAAUUGCAGUUAAUAGCCCCUUUAUGCCAGCUAUCCAGCCCUGUUAGGACUAUGCAUCCAUGGCAUGAAAAUUAGGCAUUCCAGGCAUGAAACAACUCAAAUUUUCUUUCUUUCUCCCCUCAUCCUCCCACAAAAGAGCCCUUGGGUGGUAAUUAAAAAGGACAGGCCACCAUUUCCAGCAGUUCUCUUAAGAACUGCGGAUGGAAGGCUGUUGUUGGAGCUCGUUAAUUUUAAUUUGGUUAAUUUUAGAGCCGAGUGUGGUUGGAGAGGCAUCUGAGCUUGGCGCCGUGGUGGGGGAACCUUGGCUUGUCCCAGCAGUUGUUGCUGUGUUGCGAGGGCAUUUAUGGUUAACCGGUUGAAUUAAGAAGAGGGGGCUGGAGGGUGUGCUGGGGAAGAAGGGAAGACUAGCAAGGAUGCCUGUAAAUGGAGAAGGCCAUUUUGAACUGCAGCAGGUGCUUAGGAGGGGGUGGCACCAACCUGGUGGCAUCAUAUUCUAUAGCAAUGUAAGCACCACCUGUCUCUUGCCAUCCUCCUCCAGUGAUUUAAUAGUUUGCCUGCAGUUAGAAGACCUGUGUCGUGCCCAUGGGCCAAAACGGCUACAUAGCUUAUAACCUUGAGAGCAUCAGGUUCUUCAGUAAGAAGCUUUUUUAACCUAGCCCUACUACUUGGGGAGAUUGGAGGCUGGUCCUGGGACCUUUUCAGGACAGAUAAAGAAAGUACUUAUGCAAGCAGCUCAUAGUCAAGCUGUGGAACUCACUCCCACAAGAGGCAGUGCUGGGCACCAACUUGGGUGGCUUUAAAAGAACAUCAGACCUAUCCGUGGAGGAGAGGACUAUUGGUGGCUACUUGCCAUGGUGGCUCUGCCCUGCCUCCACACCAGAGGCAGCGAUACUUCCGAAUAACAGUUACUGGAAACUGCAGGAGGGGAGAGGGCUCUUGUGCUCAAAUCCUGCUUGCUGGUUCCCCACAGUGGUUGGCCAUUGUGAGAACAGGAUGCAGGUCCUGGUCCAGCAGGCUCUUAGCUUCUUACGUGCAAAAUUCAUCAAGCCGUAUCCAGACUAAAUGUAACAGGAUUGAACUCACGGUGCACGGUUGAGUCAUUGGUGGCAUGUCUUUCUCCCGCACCUGUGAGUCAUGUUGCCACGUGGGGAUGAGCAAGCCUGAGAACUCUGCAGUUAAGCAGGGCCAGUGGUGGAAAGCCUCCAGAGGGCAGGACCCAGAGAUCUCCCUCAACAAAGCCUUCUUUGGAAACGCACUUGCCUUGCCCGUCCGUUGGGCUCUCGUGCCUCUUUCCUCCUCUCCUCUGCCGCCUUGUUCUAGCUAGUGAUGCUGGCAGCAGGCCGCCCAGCAAGUAAAAAACCUAGUGAACUGUUCUGUGUAGUUCAUGGAAGAAAGCUGCUUUUGUUGCAAAUUUGCCUUCCCCUCCUUUCCCCCUCACCUCAUUGUGAGUCGCUGGAAUGUGGAGUUUGAGAAAGGGCGAAGAGUUAAACCCCAAAUGCAGCCGCAGCACCCAUGUGACUGGGCUCUCUGGACUCUUAGCGCCCUAAGACAAAUCACAUGUGAGGCAGCAGGGAGGUCAGGUGGCCAACAGUGACCUUCCCAGAUCCCUUUUCUACCCCUCCAGGCGCACCUGGGGGCUCCGUCUUCAGAAGGGAGCCAGGAAACGGGAACUCCUAUGUUCUCAGCCUCCCUGUCCUGGAGGAGACUGGGUUGGGCCUCCAGAUCAAAAGGCAUGAAACGAAACGUCCACCGAGACGUCUUCAGAACUAAAAUAAACGCAGCAAACGUGCUGGAAGUGUCUUCAACAAUUGAAGACCACCCCCUCCCCUCCUCUCCCCUUAUAUAUAUUUUUUCCUGGGCUGUUUCCAUUCAAGAACGGAUGAAUAACAGGAACUCCAAAUACUUGGACCCUUCCCACAGCUGACAGGGACGUGAGCACUUGAGGGUUUUCUUGGGCGCCUUGCGAACCGGAGGAAUCCUUUAUGUCCUCACCAAGGUGGGGGGACGGGGACCACAACACUUUGUGCUCCUCUUGCCUUGAAGGUCCCUGUGGGACUGGCCUCUGGGGCUGAACUGUAGCCUCCGUCACUCUGCCAGAAGCCGCCUUUCCAGUUGCUUCCUAGGAGCUUAAGAUGAGAAAUGACAGAGUUGCCACUUGGCUAAGAUUGUAGCAGGCAUUCUGGGUGGCCUGGGACGCUUGAGCACUUGGGUUCAGUUGCUUGGGGUGCCUUGCGGACAUGAUCCAGUUUGCAUGCAGAAGGCCUCGGGUUCCCUUUCUGGCAAAUCCCAGCGUUGAAGGGCAGAGCUCUUGGGCAGAGCCUCUGCUUUGCAUGCAGAAUGUCUUUGCUUCAGUCAUAGGCAUCUCCAUGCCAGAGAGCUUCUGCCAGGCAGUGUGGGCAGUGCUGUGCUGGAUGAACCGGUGGCCUAACUUUGUUCCUUUUUGUAUUGGGGAGAGAAUUGUUUCCUUGGUAUGGAACAUAAAGAGGAAACGAAAGGGCCACUUUAGGUCAAAACCGUCUUGCUAGCUAAUCUCUUGUUGUUUGGACCCCUUCUUCCUUGGAUGUGGACCAGGGCUGGGGAAUUGUUUUUCAGCCUGAGGGCCACUUUCCCUUCUUUGUCAACCUUCUGAGGGCCACAUGCCGAUGGUGGGCAAGGCCAGAGAUAAAGUGGGUGGGGCAGCAAUGGCGAACUUCACCUUUCUACAGUAGGCUGGUUUCCACACACAAGCAUCCCCCUCUGUCCUGGCAAGCCAAAGCACUAAGGAAAGAGUCAAGCAGAAUAUCCUUGGUUCAGUCCCUGGUAUGUGCAGGUAAGGCUAGGAUAAACUCCUACCUGAAUCCUCUGCCUGCAGCCUGUGUAGAGAUAGGUGAUUCUGUAUAAGGCCCUUUCCUUUUUUCUAUAGCAUCCAGCAUAAAGCUGCUCACCCACUGGAAGAAAUGUAUUCUUACAGCUUCAGCCAUGAAAAGGGCUCACUGAAUUGGAGAUACUGUAUUUGAACACCUUGUGGUUUUUGUCCCCCUCCCCCUGUGUUUUUACCCUGUGAAGAUGGUCCUGGAAUCCUGAGCCCUGAACACUCCUUUGAUGGCACGAAAUUGGAGGUUGGGAACAUCGUCCUGGCCUUGUAUAGCGGUCUCUUCGCAUAUGGAGGCUGGUGAGUUCUGUGUUCAAACAUCCUAAGCGCACAUCCACACUUGACAUUUAAAGCACUCUUAUACCACUUUAACAGCAACAGCUCCCCCCCCAAAGGAUCCUGGGAAGUGUAGUUUGCUAUGGGUGCUGAGAGUUGCUAGGAGACCCCAUUCCCCUUGCAGAGCUACAAUUCCCAGAAUUCCCUGGGAACACAGACUUACUGAAAAGGCCCUGCUUUCUGUUGUUCUCGAUAUCCCUUCUGCAGGGAUUGGCACUCAGACCAGGGCCUCCCAUCCACAUCUUAAUGAAUGGGGAGGUUUGUGGAUUUUUGGCACAUGCAUGGCAGGCUUGCCUGACACGGUAAGUCACAGGUAAUGGGUUACUGUGGACAGCUCCCUCAUAACUCCUCUUCUAGCAGGAGCAGCAGAUCACAAUCCAUGGCUCAGCCCCUCUUCUGAAGAGGGGACUGCAGUUUUGCUCCAAACAAAUCACAAUCAGAAGACUGUGUUCUGCUCUUGGUUCCUCAGUUGUGGUUUGAAUAGAGAGUAAUGCUCCAGGAUUGCUAAUUCAGGUGCCACUGUUAAGUCCAUGCUUUGUUGUUCCUGUCAGGAGAGGAGCCAACCGUGCAUUCGUGAUAAAACAAUUACCUGUGGCUUCCUGUGCCACGCAAGUGAGACCAGCGUGCGUGAGAGAGAAAUCUUUCCUAAGCUGCAACCUUUACACCUCUUAUCAAAUGUAGACUUACUCUCCCACUGAAGUCAAUGAACAUGGCUAACUUGGGCUUAUUCAUUUCAGUGGGUCUACUCUAAUUUGAUUUAGUUGGAUACAACCCUAUAAUCAAGGGCAUGAUGCCUCUUCUCCCACUCAGCAAGCUGAAUUACUUUUAAAAUCUUUGUCCUUUGCAGGAAUUACUUGAAUUUUGUCACGGAAGAGAUGAUCAACCCUUACAGGUAAGGGGUUUCUUUUCAUAGAAUCAUAGAGUUGCAAGGGACCGUGGGGGUCAUCUACUCCAACCCCCUCCAAUGCGGGACUCUUCUGGCCCAACGUGGGGCUCGAACCCACUACCUUGAGAUGAAGAGUCUCAUGCUCUAGCAACUGAGCUAUUAGUUCUGUUCUGUUUCUUUUCCUCUUCUUUUGCCUCUGGGCAACUCAUUGAUGAAGGAAGGAGCUGAGCAUUUGCCUCUCAUCCUUGUUCACCGAAAGUCCCCUAACUCGCCUGCCACAAACUGCCCCACCAGGUGCCUUGCAAAGAGAACAACAAAAUGGCUGCUGGGAGGGGGCGUUAGUAUCGGGUUCAGUAUGGCGUUUGUGGGUGGUGGUUGCAGCACAGCUUCCUUGCGCUUUUGUGCGCUGUGUUGGCCCGUGAAACAGCCUCCCUGGUGAUCAGAUAUUGCUGUACAGAUACUUGCCACCACUUCAACGCUUUUACUGCUGUCAGUUGGUUGGAUUGCCUCUUGGUUUUCUAGGAAAGAGGCUUCCAACAGCUGAAUGGCAGGUUGAAAACUCAACAGGUAAAGCUUCCUCCAUCACUGUCUCUAGGCAAAGCUCCUCCUGUUAACAGAUUCAUAUAUUAUUAAAAAAUAUUUAUAUACCCUUGUUCAUAAAAAACCCAACCCAUACUUUCUAUGGCUGUCCUAAGCCUUGGACACCCUGUGCUGGGUGUGUGUUUGUGUGCCUUUUACACAGAUUCCCAAGCUCCAAGAAAAAGUGCAGUGCAAGACAAUUAAAACUAAUUCCUUAAUUGGAAAGCCCAUUAAAAAUAUGAUUUAAACCUGGAAAUGUUUUUUUAGUGUCCUCACCCAGCUCUCAUAGAUCAAUAUUUAUUGAUCUCUGUGCUCCAGAUGCCCAUCCUUAUGAAGCCAAAGCAGCCACACAAGCAAUAGGAAGAUCAGGCAGCUUGGGAGGGGGACCCUAAAUUUUGCAGACGUUCAAAAUAACUUAAAGCUAAGGGCGGAUUUGUAGCAGGCCCUGCUUUCAGAAUCCUAAAAUAAGGCUUCAUCUGGGGCGGGAGGUGUGAUUGACUUGUAUUUAUAGAUUUUCAGUGUUUCUCCAGAACUUGUUUUUUGCAUAAUAAGAGUCACCAGCUUUCUUUUCCGGCAGUGCUCCUGUGCCUCUUGACAGCUUUGUGGCAUGCAGAGAAGCCUGGCUGGCAAAGCUCUUCUGGGGUCGGAGCUGAAUUUUGCUUCUCAGUCAUGUAGCUGUUGAAGAGCGCUGUCAGUUGGCAAUGCUGUUAUGAACUCCCUUUUCCCCACAAGUCAUUCCGUACCAUGUUAUAUACUAUGCCCUGUUUCACCAGACACUGAAUAUGGAAGCCUUAUAAUUCGGGCAGUUCAGGGAGAAUUCAGGUAGCGGGCUUCGUGUCUAUUGUUUCAGCCAGAAAUCUGGUGGAGUGUUGGUGUUCGUUUUAAGAAAAGUUUUGCUGAGCAUCCUGUUGCCUGCAGCAUUGAACUUGGUGCCCCAAUAGGAAGCCCACAAGCAGGACCUGAGUGCAAGAGCAGCAUCUCUCCCCACUCACAUCCCCCAGUAUGCAUAGGCCUGCAACCUCUGGCAGUGAGGGGCAGUAGAAGCCACCAAGAGCCUUGUCUUCCAUGAAAUCUUCUAAUUCACGUGUGCAAAGCAGGAUUUUGCAGCAAAGUGUGUUGGAAUCAGAUAUGCCUGUUCUGAUUCACUCACAGCCCUAAGAAGGCACAAACCGCCUGCAGAGGGUGGGGUCUGUGUUAUUGUUCUUUCCCGGAGGCUGAGCCCCCUCUCCCAACUCCCCGCGAUGCUUGGCUCAAACUACAAAGGUUUGUACACACUCAGUUCAUCUGACCUGGAUGCUUUAUAACUUCUAAAGUAUGUUUGUUGUGGCUGCAAUUAGAUUGUCAAACACAGCAUGUCCACUGGCCUCUCCUGGCUUUCUGGUCUGCUGGUUGGUUACAUGUAGCAUUGAGGAGGUCUUCGUUUUUUAAAACUUUCUUGGUUCUUUUAAUGAUUGGACUAAGGCAGGUAGGCCAGCUCAGCCUAACCCAGCCUGGUGCUUUCCAGAUGUUUUGGACUACAACUCCCAUCAGCUCUAGCCAGUGCAGCUAUGUGAUGUCAGGGCUGACUGGGGCCAAUGAGAGCUGAGGUCCAAAAUAUCUGGAGGCCACCAGAUCUUGGGGGAUAGGCUGGUCUAUCUCCUUUGAUUUGUUUGCCUUAUUUCCUCCCUUGCCUUCUAUAGCCCAGCCUGGCCAUGCACUUGGAGUUUAAAAAGUGUUUUCUACCCAAACUAGGACAUCUUCCUAAUCCACAGCCAGGUAGCUUUGUGGGGUUUAAUUCCACAAGCUGGCAUGGAUGCAACUGUGAAUCUCUGCCCCAGUCAGCCAACUAAUUAAGCCAGCAAGAAGGAUGUGUGGACUGUUUGCCUCAAGGUAGCAUAUGGCCUGACUUGCAGGCUCUUCCAAAGUAGCUGCCGAUUUGCGAGGAGCAACGCAGGAAGCAAUGGAAUAUUUUGAACUGGGCAGUUACUCUGGUGUGGCUGGGGGUGGGAGAACAAGUGGGCUUCCCUCAGGCAUCUGAUUCACCGCUGUGGGAAACAGGAUGUGGAGCUAGAUUGGCCUUUGGUUUGAUCCAGCCGGGCUCUCCUAAGGGUCUUAAGAUAAGCAGGAGGCUGUUUUCAAUAGAAAAUAGCUUUUUGUAGCGAGCUGCUCUGAUCCCGGGGGAGAGGGGAGGCGAUGGAUUUUCUGCUGUCUUGCGUAUGGCCUCUUAAUCCUAAAUGUGGUGGGGAUCUGCUGCUAUAUUCAGUUUUUUCCCUCCUUUGUAACUUGGUGAUCCAACGUGUGUGCAUGACUAAAGAAUAAUGUCCCUUCUGCUAAUGCUGCAGUUGUGACGUGCAUUGGUGCCCUGGGCCAUCCCCCAGAGGUGAUCUUAGAACUGCUUGCAAAACACUCUAACCUUCUCUCAAUGUUUCCCCUCAGAAACCUGCCUCUGGCCAUCAUCAUCUCCCUGCCCAUCGUCACCUUGGUUUACGUCUUGACCAACCUGGCUUACUUCACAACGCUGUCUGUGGAUCAGAUGUUGGCGUCGGAAGCCGUUGCUGUGGUAAAAUAUGGAGUGACUCACCCGGAAAUGGCUGCUCUUUUAGCUAGCUCGCUUCUCUGGCUUUUUGACAUUUCCCUGUGUGCAAUCUGGACCUCUUGCUAUCUUGGAGUUCCAUCUUUGCCAUUCAGCCAACGCUGAUCUUUCCCCACUGCCACCCCCCUCUGCGUUGGAGGAUGCCAUCGUGGCUCACAUGACGAUGAGCAGUGAUAAGUGGAACGGUAGCCGAGGAUACGCAUCUGUCUGAGAAACCAUCACCAAUGGCUAUAAGAGCAAAUCAGAGCCUGUGUGGUCUCGUGAUCAGUUUCCAAAGUGACACCUCACAGGGGGAAGUGCUGUGUCAGUAUUGACGUGAAAUGUCCUCUCCUUUUCUUUCCUUUUUCUUUUGAGGCCAGCUGUUGUUUUGUCGCUUGUAAUAUUAAACACUUAGAGCAUGCAGCUGCUACUGAUCUAUGCAGCCAGCGUGAUGGUGCCCUGGCUAGAGGGUUGGGGAGACCUUGGGUCAAAUGGGAGCUGGCCCAUAAAGCCCCUGUAGGGGAAGCCUCUGUCUCUCAGCCUUCCCAAUCUCACAGGCUGGUUGUGGAAGAACCACGCCUGUUCUCCUGAGUCCCCUAGAAGGAAGGGGAAGGGGGGAAAUGUGACAGGUAACUUGCUCCUUGUUCUUAACGAUUGCCAGUGCAACGACCCUGCGUGAGAGAUCAAUUUUCAGUUGGCAGGAAGAGGAGAACCAACCCCCCUGUGUGCCUCACAGGGCUGAGGGUCUCCUGGGUUCAAGUCGGUCUGUGAAUCACAUGAUCUUGCAAAUCCAGUUUUGCCCACCUGGGCACUGUCACCUUCCCACUUCUUCACAUGCUCAGCUGUUGGCAUCUCCUGGGCAAACCUCUGACACUCCUCUUCUUUCCUCCUUCUUGUUUGCUCAUAGGAUUUUGGUAACUAUCACCUGGGCGUCAUGGCUUGGAUCAUCCCCGUCUUUGUUGGCCUGUCGUGCUUUGGCUCAGUCAAUGGGUCGCUCUUUACUUCGUCCAGGUACGUGUCUUGCUCUUCUGGUGGAGUGGGAAAGUCUCCUAUGGUGACUGGAGGGUGGAAAUGGGAGCUUGGAGCAGGGACUGAAUGAAAAGCAGGCAAUCCCAUAAAUACUUCUCCAGGGUUCUUUCAGGAGAACAACUUGCAUCAUGUUUUCCAUUUUUUGUGUGGAAUACCUUCCACACUUCUUCUGUGUUUAUUGGCUGUGCCUUGUAUCAGGUCAGACUUGUGCACCUAGUGUCCAGCACUGCGAUCUCUGGAUGGCAGUGGCUUCCUGGGGUCUCAGGCAGAGCAGGGUCUUUCCCCAUCACCUCAUUUGUAGCUGGAGAUGCUGGGGAUUGAACUGGGAGCCUUCUGCAUGCCAGGCGAGUGUUUUGCCCCUGACCUACAUCCCCUCAAUCCCAUUGGAGAAUAUCUCAGAGUGGCCCUUCCCUUUCACACUCUGCAGCGGACAGAGGCAUCCUGGUGAGUCCUGGAGGAUUAGCUUCCUCCUUGUCUGUAUGAAACUGGUGCAGCUCCAGACAGAAUCCUCUGAGGCACAGUAAUUUGGCUCCCCACAAGGAGCUCCUUCUAGCUGCAUGGCCCUCUUAAAGUACCAUAUUUUUCGCACCAGACCAUAAGACGCACCUAGUUUUUGGAGAAGGAAAACAAGAAAAAAAAUAUUCUGAAUCCUAGAAGCCAGAACAGCAAGAGGGAUCGCUGUGCAGCGAAAGCAGUGAUCCCUCUUGCUGUUCCGGCUUCUGGGAUAGCUGCGCCGCCUGCAUUCGCUCCAUAAGACGCACACACAUUUCCCCUUACUUUUUAGGAGGGAAAAAGUGAGUCUUAUAGAGCAAAAAAUAUGGUAAUUUCAGGCAGUGUGAAUUAACCGCAGUGUUGUUCUUUCCUCUCUCUCUCAGGCUGUUCUUCGUUGGUGCUCGCGAGGGACAUCUGCCUUCUGUUCUGUCUAUGAUCCAUCCCAGGCUCCUCACGCCGGUGCCUUCACUCGUCUUCACAGUAAGGAUGCCCACAGGAAAGCCUCGAUCCUUUCCAUUUCAGAGGCGAUAUAGGCAGUGAUGACCCCCAACCUAGAUGGCUUUACAAGAGGAUUAGACAAAUUCAGAGAGGAGAGGGAUAUCAAUGGCUACAUCUUACUUUCUUAAGUGGAUUUUUUAGUUUAAAAAAAAAAGAUAGUUCUGUUGGCACGACCAUUACAACAAAAUGGCUGGUGGUGUCAGGAGGUGGGGGGAGAGGAUGCAGGUCCACCUUCAACAGUUCUGCUCAUUCAAGUUUCAGUUUGGAGGGGGCGUGUAUUAUAAUCAAAAUAUCUUCUACAUUCAUUAGGCAGAGAGUUAGCUGUCGGCUUUCCUUGCAGCUUGGUAAGCAUCCAAUUUCUGUUCCCAACGAUACAUCGCUAUGUUUGGCGAGUGAGGACAGCUCUUCUGUCUGCUGCUGGAUUGUUGUGAUGGUGUUUACUCUUCCAGUGAUGUAAAAUGAUAGGUUUGGCAACCUGCGGGCCAUGACUUAUAAACCAGUUCCGCUGCCCUUGGAAUAGAGUUCCCUAAACAGCAGCAGUGCUGUUUUGUCGGUGGAUUUUCGAUCUGUUCUCAGGACCAAGUUUAUACAGGCAGUGACCUCCGUCCAGAACUGAGAAGCAACCGCGUCAUGUGGAGAUGGUUUAGGAAGAGUUAGUCUUGCAGGCAUUGCCUUUUGAACCCUGGGUCACAGCAGAUGGCUGAUGCCAUUCGCAAAAGACAGUCUGCGUUUUGCUUUUGAAUUGGUGUGCCUUUCGUUUGCAGUGCCCAAGCAGCACCUGUUGAACAUAUCCAACUAGCCAAGGCUGCCUCUAUCCUUGCUUACUUCCAGCCCACCUUCUCAGUCAGCUUAUUACAGUUGCAUCACUUGGGUCCCUCAAAGCAGGGGAAGAUCUGCCCUGAUUUAAAGCUGUGGCACUUUGUACCACCUUUGGGCUAGUGGUCUAUACUCACUCCUGCUUGCCCCAUCUGGGGCUGGGGGCAGGACAUUGUGAAGCUGGAGGAAGGUUCAUCCAAAACGAUCAGGAGGCUUAGAGCACCUUCCCAAAAUGUUUGGGGCUUGUUCACUCCGGCAGGAAUUUUGAGAUAACUUUUAAAAGUGGAUUGAGCAAAUUCAUGAGCAGUGGCUAUCUGUCAUUAUGGCUCAAUAUGCUGCUUCUUUAGGAACAUAGGAAGCUUCCUUAUACCAACUCAGAUUUGGUCCAUCUUGCUCUGUUUGGUGGUGGUGGUUGUUGUUAUUAUUAUUGUUAUUAUUACCGCUACUGCUACUAUUAUUUAAAUAUGUAUACCACCCUAUACCUGCAGAUCUCAGAGGUUCACAGCAUAAAAUCACAAUAUAAAAACACAAAAUAUGUAAUAAAAACAAAAACAAGAGCAACCCUCCCCUCCCCAAAGGGCAUCUGAUAUCAGUGUCUCUCCAGGAUUUCAGGCAGGAGUCUCCCCAAUCCUACCUGACGAUGCCAGGGAUUGAAGCCGGAACCCUCUGGUUGCAAGACAGGUGCUAUGGCCCCACACUGCCUCUUUAGCUGGAGGUUUUGUCACAGAAUACCAGCUGCUGGGGAGCAGUAGCAGCAGCAGCAGAAGUUUGUCAGAGAGGGGUGGCUUUGUCCCCCACUUGCCAGCUUCCACAUAGAGAAGCCGGGUGCUAAGAUAGAUGAGCCUUUGGUCAGAUGGAGCAGGGCUGCUCUUGCAUUCUCGUUUCCUCAUGGACUGUUCUUUAUAGCUUUGGGGGACACAGCAGUGGAAGAGGCAGUGUUGGAGGCAGGGGAGGCAAUGUGGACAGCUGCCUCACUCUCUUUGAGAGAGAGAGAGAGAGAGAGGAAGCAGAAGACAGGUCCCAGCUUUGGCGGGGGGGGGGGGCCCUCUGCCGCAUUCCUGGCUGCCUCUUGCUGCUCGAAGAACUCCCUGCGGCACAGGCUGAGAGAGUGCCAGGAUCCUCAUGCCAGAGCCUGUGGUGACAAGGACAGCAAAGCUGUUCUCACCCAGCUUAAGCCAGCUGCUUCUCUUGAGAACAGCAGUGCAUUGUCAUCAACACCAGUGGAUUUGGCCUGGCAGUGGGGAGCGUGGUGUGGACAGCAGUCACGGACACUGGAUUGGAUCACCCUGCUGAAUUGCACUCAGUUUUGACCGGGGGGGGGGGGCAUAUCUGGAUAGACUUCACUUUCCCCUGACAAUGCAGAAGACUGCGGCAAUUUUUGGAGAGGGUGACACUCUGGUCCAUCAGAGAUGGCUUCCCACUGACCACUCAGGAAGGGUGUGUGUGGGAUUAAGCCAUGGAUAGGAAACAUCUGUAGCUCUGCGGAUGUCACUGGGCUCAUACCCUCCAACAUUUCUCUGAUGAAAAUAGGGGCGUCCCUGAUAAUAAUAAUAAUAAUAAUAAUAAUAAUAAUAAUAAUAAUAAAUACCCCACCCAUCUGACUGGGUUGCCUCAACCACUCUGGGCAGCUUCCAACACAUAUAAAAACAUAAUAAAACAUUAAAUAUUAAAAAAAACCUUCGCAAUACAGGGCUGUCUUCAGAUGGGGGCCGGAUAACUCCAUACCCUCCAACAUUUCUCCGAUGAAAAUCGGAACAUCCUAAGGAAAAGCAGGACAUUCUGGGAUCAAAUCAGAAGCUGGGACGGCUUUUGUAAAUCUGGGACUGUCCCUGGGAAACAGGGACACUUGGAGGGUCUGUGAACUCCAAGCCCCAUCCACCCUAGCAGCCAGUAUGCCUCAUGGUUGCGGAGGGGUGUGUGUGAUGGACUUACAAUCUAGCAACAUCUGGAGGGGGACCAACUUGCCACUGCUGUGUUGAGCAAAUCUUUUGCUUGAGAGAUCAGAGUGCAGACCCCUGGCUGAGGUUUGGUAAGUUGUUCCAGAAAGCGGCUUCCAUUUAAUGGAGAACUGAGAGGGGCAUCGUAGGUUUGUUUGUUUUUUAAAGUUUUGGGGAAAACUGAGAAGGCCUAGCCGCCUUGCUUGUUUGAGCUUGCGCUCUGAAUUUCCUGCUUCUAUCUGCUGGUUCUAUGCCUACCUCCACCACACACAUUUCAAAGGUUUAAAACUCAAGUGCAAGAGCCACAUUUGUUUUCUAGUGGCUGCCGUUCAAAUGGCAAAAUCCCCUGCGCUACCACGUCCUCCAUUAAUUCUCAUUUUUGCAAGGGAGGGCAGGCGUUAAAAGGCAAUGAUUGUCAUUUGGGUCACUCCUGAAUUUUAUCGAUCUGUUUCCUCUCCUCUCCCCGCUCCCCCCUUCCAAAUCUGCAGUGCAUCAUGACUUUGCUCUACGCCUUCUCCAACGACAUAUUCUCGGUCAUCAACUUCUUCAGCUUCUUCAACUGGCUCUGCGUGGCCCUGGCUAUCAUCGGCAUGUUGUGGUUGAGAUACAAGAAGCCAGAGCUGGAGAGGCCUAUAAGGGUGAGAGAGGGAUGUGGUGGCAGCAGCAGAAGUGUGGGAGUUUUCAUGGGGGAUAAGGCUGUCAAUGGCUGCCAGCUGCGAUGGCCAUGCUCUGCCUCCACGGUCAGAGGCAGGUGUUGGGAAGCGCAGCUGGGCAGACUUCUGAUGUUGUGCUCAGGUCCCGCGUUCGAGUUUCCCACAGGCAUCUGGUUGGCCGCUGUGAGAACAGGAUGCUGGACUAGACGGGUCAUUGGCUUGAUCCAGCAGGGCUCUUUUUGUGGGCUCUGUUUAUUGAUUUACUAUAAUUUCAUCCUGCUUUUCAGUCAGUUAUUGUUUCCUAAAUUGACUCAUAUCAAUUAAAAAGUGAGAGAAGCUUCAGCCUCAGAUUUACAGACUGAAAAAGGAACUCGAGGCAAGCGGGGAAGGAGGAGGGAAGGGGCAUAGCUGCGCCAUUUCUUCAAGGCCAAAACCAAGUAGUGAGCUGCAAGAGGGCUUUUACAUUCAGCUGAUGACCGGCUGGUCUUCCCUUGCUUGUGUUCCUGCUUCAAAGGUCCCUGCAGUUUUGCCCGAAUCUACUGGAAGGGAUUUAAGCACGUACCAGAAAUUUUAAGUUUACACAGUUAAAGUGGAGAGAAGCUCUCUUGUCACGCUAGCAUAUAAUAAAUUAGCUUUAUUUUUUAAAAAGACUUCUUGGGGGUUGUAAAAUGUGGGGGGAAGUGUGGGAGCCAGUGUGGCGUGGUAGUUAGAGUGCUUGAUUUGGGAAACCAGGGUUCAGAUCCUCAAUUGCCCACGAAGCUCACUGGAUUGGACCUUGGGCCAGUCACUGCCUCUCAGCCUGCCAACCUCACAGGGUUGUUGGGGGCGGGGGAGAGAACUACAUGUCCCACCUUGAUCUCCAAGUGGUCUAGAAAGGUUUUUAAUGAAUUAAACAAAACUGAAGCAGUGAGUGGUUAAUCCAGUCCAAUGGUUUCCCCACCCAUUUAGUAUAGAAAUUGUCUGACUUUGCUGCUCUUUUGUGUCCCAUCCCAUGGCCCUUUCCCAUGUACAGGUGAACCUCAUUUUGCCCGUCUUCUUCAUCCUGGCCUGCAUAUUCCUGAUUGUCGUCUCUUUCUGGAUGACCCCAAAGGAGUGUGGCAUUGGCUUUGCCAUCAUUCUCAGCGGGGUCCCCGUUUACUACUUUGGGGUCUGGUGGAAAAACAAACCAAAGUGGCUUCUCCAGCUCAUAUGUGAGUCCCUUUCCUGGCUUGCAGGGUGAUGGCGGCAUUGUGCGGGUUAGGAAUGGGUGCGAGAACAGUAAUCCGUACUGUUGAUCUCAGCAUAAUGGUAUUAAAUAGAUUGGGGGGGGGUUAAUCCCCUUUCAAUAAAUUGUUAAAAGUAUGGGAGGAAAAAUAUAUUAUUUUUUAACCCAUGUGUGUGGGAUAAAUAACAAAAGAAUCAGCUGGAUGCCUGGUUUCAAAGUGUGGGACUAAACUCACUCUCCAGCAGGCGAGAGUCACUAGUAGCAGAGUUUGAACUCACAAAGUCAAACAGCAAUAGGAAUGUAAACCAUUAAACUUUUUGCAUAUCCUGUUCAGUCAGCUUUCUAUUCCUCUUGCAAUGAACAGACAACACACUGUUAAGCAAGUUUAAAAUGCUUUACUUACAAAAUGUUCCAAAGGUUAGAUUCAUGCAUUUAUCCAAGCAGCACCAAGAAGAGCACAGACAUACUACCCCUAGGCACACUUUUUUUCUGCCUGACUGAGGAGGACCAAUCAGGUUUUGUGGGGGCAGCUGGAAUUCUACGUUCUGGGAACUAGUAUUUCUGCUACAUUGCCUCUUUGCAUCCUCCCAGUGGCGUAGCGUGGGUUGUCAGCACCCGGGGCAAGGCAAGUAAUUUGCGCCCCCUAACCCGUGGAUUUUAGCACUCGAGCCAGGUAGGGGCAGAGAGCUGCGAGUGCGAGUGUGCCCCCCCAGAUGUUGUGCCCGGUGCGGCCGGCCCCCCCUGCACCCCCCACGCUACGCCACUGCAUCCUCCAACCCUAACCCUCCACACACACUCAACUCCACCCCAGUCUUUGUAACCAGGAAGCCUGAACUCUGCAGGUAGGUUGCAUCAUGCCAGCUGAGCAAAUUCCCUUAUGCUUACACAUUUCCAGAGUCUGUGCUUGCUUGGUAGUGCCACGGGUGUGCAGAAUACUUUCCAACCACAUCCUUUGCCUGCCAGAUAUCCCCAGUUCAGUCCCUGGUCUCUCCAGGUUGAGCAGGGAAAACCUCUUCUGACUGAAAUCCCAGAGAGCCCAUAUUGAGCUGGGUGGACCAAUGGUCUGCCUUGACAGAGGGCAGCUUUCUCUGUUCCUAUAACGGAAAAGCCUAAGAUCUGGUUUAUUUCACACAACUAAAAUGCAACUUUAAUCAGCUCCCAGUCACAGUCCUCUUAGCUCUCUCUUCUCUGACUCCCAUGUUGGUCUGUCUCUCUCCUUGUUAACUUUCCCAUCAGGCUAAGACCUUCCUAUUCAGACGGGCUGUUGAAAACUAGGUGCAAAUGAUUUUGACCACUGGGCUGCUCUCAGGGCAAUUGAUAAUUUCAUGCUGGUUCUAAAUGGGCUUUGUUGUCUUUUAGCUAUUGCUUUUAACUAGUUUAUCUUCACUAUUUUGCAUUUUAUGAAGUUGUUUUAAAAGUGCUGCAAACCAUCUUGAAUUCCAACUUGAGAGAAAGGUGGGAUAUAAAAAUAUAUAGCAACAAUAACUUGAGGGCAGCCAGCUUGUAUAUGCCCACUCCACAGAGCAAGUGUUGGGGGCCAUUUGGUGCUCCUGGCCUGCUCUCCUUCUUUUUCAGCCCCAGAAACAAAGUUCUGUUUGAACAGCUGAAUCAUGAGAAGUCUCACUGGAUGGUGUCCAUGUAACUAAACACCACCAUCUGUCUCUCCGGGGGCUCGAGACGACAACAACAAACAGGCUGACCUAGAAAUGCAGACUAGCAGAAGCGCCAAGGGUUUAAUGCUGCACUUUCGGGUGGAGAACGCAAGAGCUUUUCAGUGGUUCCUCUCUCGGAUUCUCUCUCCCUUUACACACACACACUUUCUUCCUCUUCCAAGUAUCCGUCGCUGCUCUUAGAGAAGCCAAUUUUUAAAGCUGUUGGGUGACAAAUCAGCAUAUUAAUUGGGUCCUGCACUGCAGGCCUUCCUUCCUUCCAGAGAAUAGCGGGGUGGCCAGGGAGGGGGGAGGCAUAUGGAAUAUUCCAGGGUGGAUGGAAGGAAUAUUUUGCAAGUGUCUUAAUACAAAGCUAAUGCUCUUACUGCCUUGUGUUGUUUAUCACCCUCCCACCCAAGAAAAUCUCCUUGUAGCCAGAAAAGUGUUGGUGCAAGCCAAGUGUCCAGCCCUUUUGCUGGAAGCAGGCAGAAGUUAAAUGGGGAACAUUUUGAGAGAGGCUUCACAUUCUUCAGGGUGCAGCUAUGUUUCUCUUUUGUCCCUCUGGAUGAACAGGUGCUACAGGUUUUCUGGGGGGGAAAUACUUCCAAGCCCUGGAAGUAAAAGCAAAAGCGGUGUGAGCAUACACACCAUUCACCAUGAUCUAAUGCUCAAACCACCUUUCACAUUUUAUUAUUACAGUGGUACCUCAGGUUACAUACGCUUCAGGUUACAUACGCUUCAGGUUACAGACUCCGCUAACCCAGAAAUAGUGCUUCAGGUUAAGAACUUUGCUUCAGGAUGAGAAAAGAAAUCAUGCUCGGCGCGGCAGCAGCAGGAGGCCCCAUUAGCUAAAGUGGUUAAGAACAGUUUCAGGUUAAGUACGGACCUCCGGAAUGAAUUAAGUACUUAACCCGAGGUACCACUGUAAUAAUAUUAUUAUUGAUGAUUAUAAUGAUAAUAAUAAUGAUGAUGUUGCUGGUCACUUUAUCUUGUCCAAGGCAACCCAAAGCAACUUACAUCCAAGCAAACCUAUUGUGGUUUUGUUUGCACACCGACACCUAGACUAUGCAUCAGGCAGGGGACAGGUGCACAUUUGAGAGAGCCACACACUCCUGCUGAUUCUAAGCAGAACAACAAUUUGUUAGAGUGUCCUUAAAACUCCCUUCAGUGUUUACUGUUUCCAAGCAUUUCACAAUGCACCUUGAUCAUUUUUGUUUUUUGUCCAUCCCCACCCCCAACCCUACCUCAAAACAGAUUCCACGACAGUCCUGUGCCAGAAGCUGAUGGAGGUUGUCCCACAGGAAUCUUAAAACUAGAGGAAAGGCAUUCGGUCCAAAUCAACGCACAAUAUUAUUUUGAAAACCACGAGUACGUCGGACUCUUCGUUCAACAAGAAAGCAAACCUCGAAGCCAGGGGCCUGACAGUGACAAGUCCCUAGACCCCUGCUGCCUGCAUGGCCCUCCCCUCCCCUCCUCUCCUCCCUCCCUCCCCUUCCCCCCAAGCCAGGCAGCUGACCAGAGGCAGGAGGCAAAGAGUCCCAGGUGCAAAUUCAAUCCAGGAAGAGAAGCUUCUGCUGGGAACCUCAAGAGGCCUCAGUAGACCCUCCAACAGGGAAGCCAACAGGAUGGCAAUGUUUACAUGUGCAGCUGUGGGCUGGACUCUUCGGUCUGUCCUUGGCUUGGUCCUCUCUUUCAUUAGCGGCCUAAGUUUCUCCACCCUGAGUUCCUUUGCAGAAGGAAAACGAGAGUUGCCAAGAAUCACCAGCAGGCCCACAACUGCCCCUCCACAUGUCCAGAAAGGACAAAGAAUCCAACGCAACUGAUUCUCUUGCCGGCGGAGGGUUUUCCUGGGGCGCAAAAAAUGUCUGUGCCCCUCCCACCCCGAGCUUUACACUCCUUAAAACAGAUGGACACGCACACAGGCAAAAGCAAGGAAAACUGUGACGCUGAAAUUGUGGACUUGCACAGAUAUCAACUUAAUUCCACUCGCAAAAAGACUUGGCUGCCCCAACAUGGACUUCUUCUUUUUUUUUUUAAUUAUUAUUGUUGUUAAUUAUUUUUUUUUUGGGAUCUGCUUUUUAUUUUCUCCCCUUUUUCCCUUUUAAGAUUCCCAUGUAGUUCCGCUUUGUAUUUGACUUGCAAUAAACAUUUUGUAUAUGGUCACCCUUGCGACGUUCCUUCCGGGCGGCUCUUAAGUUGACACCUCUUGGGCACCCAAGCUAAAAGCUCCCUCCGGGGCCUCUGAAUCCACGAUGAUGUGGCACAGCGAUCUCUGUGGCCAGAAUUGAAACGCUGCCAGCUUCGGUGGCUACAGGAGAAAUCCAGCUUGCUCUCCAUGAUCGGCCUUCACUUGAUACCUUCUGCAGGAUCGAUCGGCAACUUCUGGCUGCACCGACAGUUAUUACGCCAAUCCCUUCCGUUUUCUCUUUCUGCACAGAGUGUCAUAGGCUCCAGUGACAUCCAUUUGCUCCUGGGGCUGGUAGUGGGAAGGGGUGGGAAUGACAGUUCCAUGUGAUGCCGAACCUGGAAGACUUGGAACAAAAGUUUGCAAACAGCAGAAGCUCUGGGUGGGCAGCGGUGGCCUGUAGCAGUUUUGUGUGCCUGGCUCUAGUUCAACCUGUGUGGAGGCUUUGUAACUGGCGAAGCUUGGAGCAUCUGCUGCCAUCUCAUCCCCUGCCCCCCUGGCAGUGGUCUUAUGACUUCACGUCUUAGGGGUCCAAGCAGGCAAGAGGGACCUGCUUGUAUACAUGUCAAUGUUAAUGUUUUGCUUCCGUUGUUCUGGCAAGCCCUCUUAUUUUUAUUUAAAGGUUUUCUCCUCUCUCACUGUGCUAAGCUUUGGGAAUUAAACUUGAAGUCCCGCCUUCCAGCCCCACAACACAGGAAGUAGUUCAGUCACACUAGAGCAGUGUUAUGGUCCAGCUGAGAGGCCCGUUUUUGAGGCAUAGGAGGAGUGUAGCAAAUGUUUUACAACAGGGGUAGCUGCCUUCCAGCUUUGGUUAGACUCCAGCUCUUAUCAGCCCCAGGCAGCAAAGCCAAUGGAGAGAGAUGUUGAGUCCAGCAUCAUUCAGAGGGCACCACACUGGCAACCUUAAAGAAGUGGUGGUGUUUGAGGGUUGGGGUUGUCCUUUUCAAAAGGCCGUUUAACCGCACGGCUACUGAGUGGGAUGCACUGUAGGCCUUCCACCUCAAGCAUGGCAAUUAUGUUUUUUGUCGGGCUGCCUGUAUCUGAGCUGGCCUCAACCAUUUCAAGACAGCGUUGUGCCUUUCACACUCCAAAAUGAACCCUGAGAAACUUAUCGUUUGGAGGGGUUACCAGGAAUGCUUUGACAGCAACCGUAGCCCAUUCCUGUGCCCUCCAGGUGGUGUUGGACCGCAACUACUGUUGGCAAAGUUUCCUUUCACGAAAUUACAGUCUCCUGCAUUGAUUCAUUGGAUUAAGAGUCAUGAAUGUUAACGCCAAUUGAAGCAGAUAUUAUCCCUCCCCUCCCCAUGCUUUCAUAGUGCAAACAGACUUAAGAAGAGCCUAGCUGCUGGAUCAGGCCAAAGGGGCCCCACCUAGUCCAGCAUCGUGUUCUCACUGUGGCCAGCCAGAUGCCCCAAUGGGAAGCCUGCAAGUGGGACCUGGGUGCAACAGCACCGCUGCCCUCGCCCCUCUUGCGAUUCCCAGCAACUGGUAUUCAGAGGCAUAUACUGCCUCCAACAGUGGAGGGCGAACAUAGCCACCCCCUCUUCUUACAAUGGCCAAUCAGAUGCCCACGUGGGGAGCCCACAAGCAUGGCAUGAGCACAGUUGUCCUGCUCGUGAUCCCAGCAGUUUGUGCUAUCCAAGAGGCAUAUUAAGCCAGAAGGGGAGCCGUGCAAAUGUUUUGUUGAGAAUCUGUAUUUUCUUAGCUAAACCAGCAGGCAAAGGGGGGGGGGCAACAAUCGAGUCCUUCCAUGGGAAACCAAAAGGAAGAAUGUAUUACUUCUCUUGGAUGAGACUUGCUUUAUGGUUUUGGCCCACCAUAAAGAGGAAUAAAAUGCCUGCCUUUUUAUGGUGGCAUUUACAAUGUCCAAGACACAAUGUACCAGUAUCAGUGCUGCUAAAGCUGCAGGUUUUGCUGUUGGUUACCCACUUUGUGCAAGGGGACCUUUUAGAGGAGGACCAAGCAUUUAGCGUAAUUAAUGAUAUGCAUAUAAUUCUCUAGCCGUCAGUUAACUGUUUUUAAUAAUGAUGUCAUCCUAAUCCUGGAGAUCAUGAGUUAGGGGACCCUGUUUUUGCAUCGCAGAAAUCUCCCCUCCCCCCAGGUGUCACCUAAUUAAAAUAUGUAUUAAUUGGUUGAUCAAAUUAGUUUGAAGCAAUUAAAUGAGUUUGCAUAUGAUCAUCUUAUUGUUUUGAAGAUGUGGGAGGCUUGUGGCCCUUCAGAGGUCAGGCUUCCAACUCCCACCAGCAGCUAGCAAGGCCCAGGGGUUCAGGAGUGAAGGGAGUCCUAGUCCAGCAAUGCUGGAAGGGCCGCAAGUUAGCCUCUUCUGCUUUAAGUGGUACAUGUAUAUGUCAAAACAGGCACCAUAUUUGUGGGAGAGUGAAGGGAGCAUAGAUGCUGCCUCUUGUGGGGCCACAUUCACACCAUAUGUUUAAAAUACCAUGAUACCACUUUAAGCAGCUGUGGCUUCUGCCAAAGAAUUCUGGGAGCUGCAGUUUGUUGCGGGUGCUGAGAGUUAAGAGACCCCUACAGUCCUCUCCCAGAGCUCUGUGUAAAGUGGGGUCAAGUGUUUAUCCACUCUGAGAAUCAGUGGCAAGCCUACAUUUUGGGGCCCCUGAAGCUUGACCUGUUAUGGGGGCCCCUUCGCAACCAGCAAUAAAGUCCAGGUAGCCCCUGUUAUCUUCUUCAAUGGAGUUAUUCCAUGACAGAUCACCACACCGUUUCAACAUCUGUGCUCCUGACUCUCAAACUUUGGGAUUGUUAAAAUAUAUACAACAACAAAAAAUAAUCAGUUUGAGUUGUUUGACUCAGACUGAAGCAACAUGGACCAAAGUUGCUUCUGGGGCUCCUCCAUGAUGAGGGGCCCUGAAGCUUAAGCUUCAUUUGUUUCAUAGUAGAUCCCCUUUGAGGGCAAUCAUGGUCUCCUAACAACUCUCAACACCUUUAACAAACAAGCUUAGAGCUCCCAGAAUUCUUUGGGGUCAGCUACCUCUUGUGGCCCAAAGUAGAGGUGACCAAGAUUUGUGUAUUGUCAGAAGUGUUAGGCAUAUUUGUGUCUAUCUUUUUUGAGAGUUGGGUUCUGUGGGGAAAGUGCCUAACAAACCCCAAUUCUUAGCAGUUAAGAACACCCCACCCUGUCAACACAGAAGUUGGCCUUAACUUCCCUAUUGUUCUCUUUUCAGACAUGUACCAGAAUAAUGCAGUUGCUGUUUGCUGUUAACAUGUAUGUGUUGUUGAAAUGUGGCAACUGUUCUUUCCAAAUAGGCAAAGUAGUUUUGUAAAAGCAGAACAGGCAGACAAUUGAGGGUUGACUUUGUCGUCUGUUGUGGUGCCAAGAAUGGCAGGCAAAUAACUGGAGGGCUCAGAAUAUUACCAAGGGAUACAUUUCUAAGACUUCAUGACUGCUGUGAAUGGUUUUUAGAGCUCUAUGAGUGGCUGUGUACCAAACAUGUCGUCUGUCUUCAGAGCUUUGUGCUGCAAAACUGCUUGCAUUCCCCGCCCCCAAAAUACGAUCUAUAAGGAAGUAAGUUGACACUGAAGUUACUUUUUAUGAAUAGGGCAAGUCAUGUACUGUACAAGAUAUGAAGGGCCCUGUGGAUGAUCAUCCUUUUUGGAGAACAGGUCACCUUUUUACAGUGUUUAUUGUGACCCGUGGCAUGUUUAUCGUAAGUAUAUAUUGGAUGAACGAUGCUAACUACUGGGGCAAGAGCCUAAUAGAAGCACCUCGUUGAAAAGUUGGUUUUGAGAGCAAACCAAGAAUGCAGGGGAGCCAGAUCUGAGGUUGUUAAGUUGCAGGCAGACUAGCAUGUUUUUGUGGUUUCCUUACUUCUCCUCAUGCUUCACUGGAAAUUUAGAUUUGAGAAAAUGUGCUAGUUUUAGUCCAGUUCAGUGUUUGCAUCUGCCUUUCUCAAACAUGCAAGUAGAAUCCAAAAUAUUCCAAUUCCUGUUGUUGGCAGCUAAAAUCUUUCUUAAGUAUUUACUUGAAAGAAUAUAAGAGAUGCCCAAUUUGAAAAUAUAUGUAUUUGUAUAUAUUUUAAAAAGAGGGUAACAGAUCAAGAUUUCCCCUAGCAGUAAUUAAAUGCUACUGGGAUACCAUUUCUCUUUUAAGUUUGACUGAACCCCUCUCCCCCUUUUUUAUUGCAGAAUACGGCAAUAAUUCCAAUGACGCUCAUAAUGUGCUUUAUUUUUUAUUUUGCAAACCACUACAGCUGUUUCUGGACUUGUAAUGAAAUGUUUUGUUGUUUGUUAACUUUGUUUCUUUAAUUAUUAUUCCUAAUGAAAGGUCUUGGGUAAGAGGCUCCCUUUUCUUUCCACACGAGGCAUCAAACACAUGGCUAACAAACUGUGGAGCCAUCCUAAUUGUGCAAUGUCUCUUUGGGUCCUUAAGUUUUAUUAAAAGAAUGUACCCAAACACUUUCCUCAAAAGAGCUGAGCUGAAGUUGAUGACUAAAGCCAUUAGUUGCUUUUAAUGAUGUUCUUGUGGGUUUUUUGUUUUUGUUUUCAUCGAGUAAUGCUACCUAAGGCCACCAUACAUUUAAAGCACAGCAAUAGCACAAGCCAGUCAUGACUUCCCCCAAAGAGCUCUCUCUUUCAUGCCUCCUGUGUUAAUUUUGCUGUAAUCUUCUUAUGUUUUAAGGACUUCUAAAGGGGCACAAACAAAUGAAUGAUUAAAGCCGGGUGACUUUAAUCUAUAUCCAUUUAUUCCUAGUGUGGGUGAAAUGCACUUUGGUGCUGCUCGUCUAAAAUAGGCUGCCCCCGAAUGGUGUAGGUUGAGAGCUGCUUCUGGUUUCAAAAAACAGGAAGACUCCCACUAAAAUCACUUGCCAGCAGAAUAUUAAUACAUCAGGCUUGUGGGAACGCUUGGUGCAUAACUAGCUGAGUUGUGCUCCGCAAAAUGACUCUUAUUACAUGUCGGUUUCACCUUAUAUAGAAGUCUGCAGACAUGCCAGGUCUUGAAAUUGGCAUCGCCCCUGACUAAUAAACGCAUUAUGCGAAGAGGCUGCUGAAUGGCUCUUCAUGCUGGCUUAGCCUUAUUGGAGUCCAUAUGGCUGCUGGAGCCCAGCUUCUCUGGGACUGAACCAGAGCAUGACGACUGCCCUGUUCUGUGAAGCGAGGGUGCACCACGCAUGUAGUUUGGAACCCCCGUACAUGGAGAUAGAACAGUUCUGUCUAGAGCAUGAAGCCCCUGUGCGCAUGGCGUUUCAUAAGUGUGUCCCACUCCAAAGAGUCUUCAUCUUAUAUGAGCUUUCCCCGGAGUACGAGAGCAAGCCCUUCCUCCUCUGUCCUGCAGUUCUGCAUGGAAGGAACAGUAGUUUCUCUGCCCCUGCCCCUUCUAAUCAAUACUCAACAAGGGGAAGUCCAAUCCAUUGCACGGACCUUGCACAGAGGCUCUCUCAGCCAAGGGGGUUAUCUUUAUGCCCCCCCCAAGUAUAUAAUAUUGACUCCCUUACAAAUCUCUCCCCCUUUCUUUUAACAUAGUUAUUUUUUUAAAAGUAGGAAAAAUGUAAACCUAACUUUAAAAGGUUUUUUUCUGUUAUUCUUGAAUAAAAGUAUUUUUUACUAAUUUAAUGAUUAUGCUAGAUUUUAAAUGGCUUAAAUAAGAAAUAUCUUAAGUGUCUCAGUUCAAAAAGUGCUGUUUUUAUUAUGACGUUUGCAUUUGUGGGUAUAGCUUUGUUCCAAUAUUUGUGUUGUUUGUUCUCCCUUCUUCUUAUUUUAUUAUCAGUUCUGUAGUAAACUCGGUCAAUUUCUGCCUUGUAAAAAGAUGUAUAAUCUCUUGGUUGAGUGUGUCCCCCACCCCUUUUGGGUCUUUUUUUGCUGUCCAUAAUUAACAAUUUCUGUUACCUUUUGAAUGUGUUUGAUUUUUAAAUUGAACGAAGUUCUCUGAAUUAUAACACUGCUGUUGCUGGUC